AUGUGGCUGGAGGCGGGCAAGGUCCCCGGAGCCGCGGCGGUCUUCUACGGGGCUCUGGCGGCGCUGGUCCUGCUGGGCGUCCGGGACGUGCUCUUCCAGUACGAGGAGAACCGGUGCAGCAUGACCUACAUGUUCGAGUACCCCGAGUAUUUGGUGAGGGGCCGGUCGGAGAGGGACCGGCGGGGCCGGUUAGCGGGGUUGGGGGGGGGAGUCGCUUUCUCCUCAGAAAGGGCGGCCGGUGCUUCGCCGGGAACAAGACACUGGACGGUUUCAGGGCGGGGGGGGGGAGGCAGGACCUCGGUUGACGCCUUCCACCCCCCUGCUUCAAUAAUAAUAAUAAUAAUGAUGAUUUUGUUAUUUAUACCCCGCCCGCCCAUCUGGCUGGGUUUCCCCAGCCACUCUGGGGCGGAGAACUGGGCGAAAGAAACGGUCUGACUUUUUAGAAGGCAGCCCCCCCUGUGUCGGGAGCUUUUUAAUGUUUGAUGAUUUACUAUGUUCGCAUAUGUACUGUAAGCCAGCCCAGAGUGAGCUGGAUAAUAAUAAUAAUAAUAAUAAUAAUAAUAGAUUUGUAAGCAUACACUUCCCUCUCUGUUUGUGUGAGAGAAGUACGUACUAUGAUGCCACCUUCCUGCAUUUAGGGGGCACACCUUAUUAUUCGGAUUUUGAGACGCACUAAGAUGUCACUGUAUGUAUAUCAACUUUUAUUUCCAUUUUUGGGUGUGCCUUUCCUGUUGUUAUUAUUAUUAUUAUUAUUAUAUCAACUUUUGUUUCCAUUUUUGGGUGUGCCUUUCCUAUUAUUAUUAUUAUUAUUAUUAUCAUCAUCAUCAUCAUCAUUAUCAUUAUUAGCACUAAGAUCCCACUGUCUGUAAAUCAACCUUUUCCCAUUUUUUUGGUGUCCCUUUCCUAUUAUUAUUAUUAUUAGUUGUAGUAGUAGUACUAAGAUGCCACUGUCUGUUCAUCAACUUUUUUUCCAGUUUUUUGGCAUGCCUUUCCUGUUAUUAUUAUUGUGAGAAGCCCUAAGACUCCACUGUCUAUGCAUGACUGUUUUUCCAUUUUUUUGGUGUGCCUUUCCUAUUAUUAUUCUUAUAAUUAUGAGAAGUACUAAGAUGCCACUGUCUGUAUAUCAACCUUCUUGCAUUUUUGUACAAGGAACAUGAAUCAUGUUCAAUAACAUCAAAGGGAACUGUGAGCAGGGGUGUGGGUGGGUGGGUGUGUCAAUCUGAAGUUAUUGUAUGGUUUAUCUCUGCAGAUCAUAGCAUAAGUAUAAAGAUGGACCUAACUGAAAUAUGACAGGGGGCCCUUCUUGAUGAGCUCUGGCGACCUUGGUACAAGUCUGGUUCCAGCCUCAUGUCCUGAAAGGCAUUCAGGCAUAUCUUGAGUUCCUCACAUGUUGCAUAAAGGUCAACACAUGCAGAUUUAGUUACCAAGUACAGUCUACAAGAUAAUUUGAGGGCAGGCAAAUGAUAGCCAGUUCAAGUCACAGCCCACCAGGGUGAUUUUCAUUCAAUUCCAUUAUUCUUUCUAGUUGAGAUUCCUGCAUUGCAGGGGGUUGGACUAGAUGACCCUUGGGUUUCCUCCCAGCUCUACAGUUCUUUGAUUCUUAUCAUGAGAAGUACUAAGAUGCUACUGGCUAUAUAUUAACCUUCUUGCAUUUUUGUGGCACAACUUUCUUUUAAUUCCUCACUUCCAAUAUAUCCUCUCCUUGAUUUGGUGUGGUCUCAGUUGCCACAAUCCCAGACAUGGCUGUUCAGAAGUGGGCUCCAUUGAUUUCAGUGGGGACUUCCUCCCUAGGAUGCAUGUGUUGGAUCUCAGCCCGAAACAUCCAUUCAUGUUGGAGUCCUAAACAUGCUUGCCAGUCUUGAUUCCGGGGUGCUAAACCUGCCGAGAUUUUCCUCUUCUUCUUCUUCAUAAUAUUUUAUUAAAGCUUUUUCAUAAUACAAUAAUAUAAAAGAAACUAAUCUAAAAUGAAAACAAGAACCAAGAAAGAAAGAGAAAACAGAGUUCUCUCUCAAAGGUAGCUGUUAACCAGUGUCACGUACAGAAAGUGGUGGACCCUCCCAGUCUCUCACCCUGGGAGAACUUCCCUUCCUUGUGUCUCACUCAUGGUCUUUCCACCAACCAUCCACCACAUUCAUGGGUGUGUCAGGGAUUUUCUUCAAAGGGUGUUUUGAAUUGCACUGCAAGGCUGCAUCCCUGAAAGCUCUUGCUUGUAAGUUUCAUUGAACUCAGUGGUACUUCAAAGUAAACAUAAAUGGGGCCUUCUCAUUUUGCACACAAGUAUGUGUCCAUCUACUCUGUUUGGAGUGUAGUUUGGAUGGUUUUUAAAACCAAAAUUCACCUGUGUAACCUGUUCCAAGGUUGUUCAAUUCAACACAUGGAAUUCAACAAUUAGCUUCUGUCUGUGAAAAGAUAGCAGGCUCUACCUGCCACAGUUCCCAGACAACAUGUCUCCAAGGUUUUAUUGAACCCUGCCAUCUCUCCAACCAGAAACUGAAUGCUCCAUUUACCACUUUGUAGCUUCCUUCCUACCAGAACAGACUUUGCUCGUGUGCUCAAGACAUCGAUUCCAUAAACCAUAUUUUGUUGCAUUGUGCAAAAUAUGAGCAAGCCAGGGCUGAACUGAUACUACCCUUGCUGGUACCUUUCCCGGGCAAAUCAGAGGCUCACUAUGUCAGGUUCCUACUGGAAGACCAGACAAAUGUUAGAACAUAAGCAGUGGCAAAGUUUUUAUCAGUGGUUGCAAGAUCAAAUGAGCUCUAUAUUCUAAACAAAAUGCUUGUUUAACCUGGAGGUAGGCUGUAUGAAUUGUGUAUUGUUUUGUAAUGAUUUGUUGGGUCUCUGGACCGUAAUAAAGAUGGAUGAUGAUGAUUAUGAGGGUGCAGGGUUCUUAAAGGCAUGAAUGUUGAUAAAAGCAUAUUCUUUGCUCCCAGAGUGUACUCCAACAUUCUACUUCUGGUACAACAGGCUUUUCCAGUGUUGGCAUUGCUGAAAACGAUCACAUUUUUUCACACCCAGUUGCAUCCUGAGAUCUGCUACUGAUGGUUAGUGCUACACGGCAUUGCUAUUUAACAACUACAUGAACCCACUUAGGAAAUUUGAAGCGUAGUGUUGUCUGUACACUAAUGACACACAACUCUUCUUCUCUGCGAUAUCUGAAUCUGGAGGUGCUGUGCAGGGUCUGGACCCAUAUUGGACUGAAUGAGGGCCAACAAAUUGAAACUGAAUCAUAUAUAGACAAGGGCCCCCGUGUGGAUGUGUGGAUUCCAGGUUUGGGAAAUUGGUCAGUUACCUGCACUUCCUCUGAAGUAUCAGGUGCUUUGCUUGAAGGGUGCUCCUUGAUCCAGCAUUGUCACUGUAGACUCAAGUUUCUUGGAGUGCCUUUUAUCAGCUUUGGCUGAUAGGCCAUUUUAUGAGUGUUGCUGGACAGAGUACGUACAUGGGUAAACUCUAGACCUGAUUAUUAUAAUAUGUGGGGCUGCACUUGAAUUUGGUGCAGAAGACGCAGCUCGUACAAAACGCUGCUGCCGGGUUUUUCUCUGCGGCAGCUUCUUGACAAAGCGUGACACGUCUGUUGCGCCCCCUGGCAUUCUCUUUCAUUUAGAAUUGAAGCAGUCCCAAUAUGGUUAGGUUUUCAAUGUUUGUUGAAGACUUCUUUCAGGCCCCACACCCAUCUAGUCUUGCUUCCUGUUCUCACAAGCAGCCAAACGGAUGCCUCUGAGAAGUCUGUAAGCAGAAGCUAAGUGUAACAGCACUCUCCCCACUUGUGAUUCCCAGCAACUUGGUAUACAGAGUUAUAUUGCCUCUGACAGUGAAGGUAGAAUGUAGCUGCCUGGCUGGUAGCCAUUGUAUAAUGUAAAGGUAAAGGGACCCCUGACCAUUAGGUCCAGUCGUGGCCGACUCUGGGGUUGCGACACUCAUUUCCCUUUAUUGGCCGAGGGAGCUGGCGUACAGCUUCCAGGUCAUGUGGCCAGCAUGACUAAGCUGCUUCUGGCAAACCAGAGCAGCUGACCAAAACGCCGUUUACCUUCCCGCCAGAGCAGUACCUAUUUAUCUACUUGCACUUUGACGUGCUUUCGAAUUGCUAGGUUGGCAGGAGCAGGGACCGAGCAACGGGAGCUCACCCCGUCGCGGGGAUUCGAACCGCCGACCUUCUGAUCGGCAAGUCCUAGCCUCUGUGGUUUAACCCACAGCGCCACCCGCGUCCCAUUGUAUAAUGUAGAGUGGUCUAUAAAUUAUGAUACAAAGCCAUGGUAAAAUAUUGUGCCAGUUUGCACACAGUGAUAAACUACAUUUAAUGGCUUAUCAGCUGUGUGCUAAGUGCUAUCUCCUUGAUUGCUUCUGUUUUGCUCUUUCCCCCUUUCUUUAGUGCAGGCAGGAGCAGUGAGCCACGAAGCCGUGACUUGGUGUUACACACAAACUGAGAUUGUGCUUUGUUUCUCCCUAGCAGACAAUGGUUAGCAAGUGAGCAGCCUUCAUGUCGACUUCCUCGUUGCGUUUUGUUAGGGAGAAGCAAACUGUGAUUCCGGUUCGAAUAUCUUGUUGCUUGCUCCAGCAGAGGAGCAACUCACAAGCCAUCAGGCAUCCUGAAUUAGCAUGCUGUUCUGUCUCAAAAAUCCUGGCUUUCCGUUAUGUGGAAACAAGACCAUCGUUCAUUAAUAUCUAGAUCAGCCCAUCUCUCCCAGUCACUCUUUCUGCCGGCCUUUCCCCUUCGGUCUUCAGAAAAUGGCUGUGGCGCUAGCAAUCUGACCUGUUGUAGGUAAGAUCAUGCUCCCAUUUGUGGACCAAGAUCUACCCAAUGGAGACAGUUGCUGCAGAGGAUAGCACUCCUGAACCUUGGAAAGAGAGAAUUUUGCAGCUUGCUAUUGCAUAACAUGGCAAGCACGAGAAAAGCCGAACCUGUCAACAUUUUCUCCUCCACAGCAAUCUUAGGGAUUGGGUCAUAUUAGGGAUAAGAGGUCACCUAUUUUACUUACAUUUCAGCCGCCAGUUUAUUCUGGAGUGCUGAUUGUUUCUCAGAUGUGCGUUAGGUUUCCAUUCUGUCUGCUUACAUACCUCUGUUUCAAUAAGGAUUCGGGGACAGGGAACUAGCUUCAGCAUAGAGUAGGGAGAACCAUGAGAAUUUUAAUAGGCUUGAGAAAGGACACCCACACAGUUUUCUGCACCUGACUUGGGUUGCAAUUUGGGUGUUGAAAUCUGUUUUAUCCUCAGGAUAUUCAGUGCAAUAAUAGCUAGGUUUCAUGUGCAACGGGUGUGGGAGUGCCAACUAUAAAUACAGUAUUUGCUGCGUGUUGGAGAUGAAGGGGAGCGGGGACUGGUUAUCUGACGGUUUAAGCGUAUCUCUGCAUUCCUAAAACCCUUCAAAUAGUGGAUGUAAUAAUAAUAAUAAAUUUUAUUUAUAUCCCGCCCUCCCCAGCCAAAGCCGGGCUCAGGGCGGCUAACAACAAUAAAAUAGUGCAACAUUCUAAAAACAUUUCAUUAUAAAAAUUAAUUAAAAUCAAGUUGAUGGCAACCAUAAGCUUAAGUUCUGUAAAGAUUGCCAAAGGAGGGAGUCAGGCUGCGCCCUGACCAAAGGCCUGGUGGAACAGCUCUGUCUUGCAGGCCCUGCGGAAAGAUGUCAAAUCCCGCAGGGCCCUAGUCUCUUGUGACAGAGCGUUCCACCAGAUUGGAGCCGCAGCCGAAAAAGCCCUGGCUCUAGUUGAAGCCAGCCUAACCUCUCUGUGGCCUGGGACCUUGAGGAUGUUUUUAUUUGAAGACCGUAAGUUCCUCUGUGGGACAUACCAGGAGAGGCGGUCCCGUAGGUACGAGGGUCCUAAGCCGUAUAGGGCUUUAAAGGUUAAAACCAGCACCUUAAACCUGAUCCUGUACUCCACCGGGAGCCAGUGCAGCUGGUAUAGCAGUCUCGCCACAGCAUUCUGCACCCGCUGGAGUUUCUGGGUCAGUCUCAAGUACUGAAAUAAAGUAAAAGAUAACAGCUGUCUUAAUAUAGAACGGGCUGAUCCUUAACUUUCACAUUGCUGUGAUUUUGCUGAUUUUGUUGGGUUGGAGGGGAAAAAAAUUGUUACAACUUCUUUUAGGUGUGCAAUAGGAUCACAUCUUGUGUAGCAAUGGCAUGCAUAUGCAAAACCGUGUACAGUGGUACCUCAGGUUACAUACGCUUCAGGUUACAGAUUCCACUAACCCAGAAAUAGUACCUCGGGUUAAGAACUUUGCUUCAGGAUGAGAACAGAAAUCGCACGGCGGCAGUGAGAGGCCCCAUUAGCUAAAGUGGUACCUCAGGUUAAGAACAGUUUCAGGUUAAGAACGGACCUCCAGAACGAAUCAAGCACUGUAUUUUUUGCUCUAUAAGACGCACCAGACCAUAAGACGCACCUAGGUUUUGGAGGAGGAAAACGAGAAAAAAAAUAUUCCGAAUCUCAGAAGCCAGAACACCAAGAGGGAUCGCUGCGCAGCGAAAGCAGCGAUCCCUCUUGCUGUUCUGGCUUCUGGGAUAGCUGCGCAGCCUGCAUUCGCUCCAUAAGACGCACACACAUUUCCCCUUACUUUUUAGGAGGGAAAAAGUGAGUCUUAUAGAGCAAAAAAUAUGGUACUUAACCCGAGGUACCACUGUAUACUCUAAUCGCCCCCACGGAAGCAUCCUUACCUCUGGAGCUGGCACACCAGGUGGGCCUUACCCCCCAAAAGCUUGCUGGGCAAGUCCUGCUCAGCACAUGGGCGCUGGAAUGCUAUCGCAAGUUCUCAGAAAUAACAGAAAUAAGACUAUCCUACAUUGAGGUUAGGGACGCGGGUUGUGCUGUGGGUUAAACCACAGAGCCUAGGACUUGCUGAUCGGAAGGUCGGCGGUUCGAAUCCCCGCGACAGGGUGAGCUCCCGUUGCUCGGUCCCAGCUCCUGCCAACCUAGCAGUUUUAAAGCACGUCAAAGUGCAAGUAGAUAAAUAGGGACCGCUCUCCGGCGGGAAGGUAAACGGCGUUUCCGUGCGCUGCGCUGGUUCGCCAGAAGCGGCUUAGUCAUGCUGGCCACAUGACCCGGAAGCUGUCUGCGGACAGGCGCCGGCUCCCGGCCUCUUGAGCGAGAUGAGCGCGCAACCCCAGCGUCGGUCACGACUGGACCUGAUGGUCAGGGGUACCUUUACCUUUACACUGAGGUUAGCAGAGUAUCUAAGUCAAAAGCCCCUAAAACCUGAGAAGCUUAGGGUCUAACAAAUAUAAAUAUGUCUUGUACAGAAUAACCAUCUUGUCCAGGGGCUUUCCCGGACGUCAUAAGUAACACCCCUUAUUUCUUUGACCUGUAGUGGUUUUGUGAGAAUUUCAUUUUGAGAAAUCUCACAACUGAUGGAAAAGCAGCUGCAGGGGAAGAAAAUUCAAUGUCACAGCUCAUAGGAUCCUUAACCUUCUUCUAUAAUUUAGAAUAAUACUUUGGGAAAUGUAAAUUUAUUUCUUUUGAUGUUGUCUAUACCAUAUUAUACCCACCAAUAAUCAAAGGAAUAAAAUUCUGACUUUUUUCUUUGCUUUAAGCAAUAAGACCAAAUUUUACCCUGCCUCUGUCCACUCUCCCAAUAGCUGUGGUGCAAAAAUACCAGAGUAAAUUCAGCUCUAGCAGAACGUAGAUUAUCCAAUUCAUAUUUAAUGUGUUGCAAACACAGGUAAAUUCCUGUUGUGUCCCAUGUAAUGCAUGCCAAACACCAACCAAUCCAGAUUCAGCCAUACAUCCCUUCAACAAUCCUAUCUAAAACUGGAUCUAAUUAACACAAUUUAGGGCCAUAAUAUAUAUCUACUGGUAUACCCAAAACCUUCAGGACACCUUUUAGGGCCUCAGCUAAAAACAACAGCCACCCCCAUAUAAGUCAUAUUCCCCCUCCCAAAUAUAUUUGUAGGCACCCAUAAGAAUGUGUAAAUUGGCUCUAUGAUAUAUAAAGAUUCUUAAAUCAGGAAUAUUUUCUUUUGUUUUAUGCCGCUGUACCUGGCUACUUAUUGCACAUCCCAGAACAGCUUGGUUUGUUGUUGUUGGUUUUUUUUAAAAAAUAAAUCCAUUUGUCUAUCGGCUGUUCUCCAUUUUAUAUGAUUAUGAUUUAGCAGGUUAUUUAAUCAUUCUAAUCUUGUGGCAUGAAAUAAAUGGUAAACUUUGCUCAUUAUUUUAAAGCUGGGACCUCCCCCCUGUUUUGUAGUGCCUUGAAAGUAUAAAGCUUAUCUCAUAUCAAGGGUAUAACUGUAAAGGCUAAUUGCUGGAGAGCUUAUCUUCAUUAAACAAAACCAUUCAGGUGAUUAGGCUAUACAAAAAUACACAAUGCUACGAAAGGGGAAUACUACUGAUAUCUCAAAAGCUGAAGUGUCUAAUUUCAUUUACAUCAGAAUAAUUGUAAAUUGAAUCUGACAUUUCUUAACAUUCAGUACAGUAUCUUUUAAGCAAAUCUGACCAUACUCAAAUAAAAACUCAUAGUUUGAAAUUUCUUAUUUUGCAUUAAUUGGUAAAUUAUCAUUAGUAUUCAUAUAGAUAUUGUUCAAGUUUCAUAACUUGCUAAUCCUUAUCUGCUUCGUGAAGCAAAAACCUGCUUCAUAUCUUGCUAAUCGCUUUGUAAGGUGGGCAAAUACCGUAUUUUUCGCUCUAUAAGACGCACCAGACCACAAGACGCACCUAGUUUUUGGAGGAGGAAAACAAGAAAAAAAUAUUCUGAAUCCCAGAAGCCAGAACAGCAAGAGGGAUUGCUGCGCAGCGAAAGCAGCAAUCCCUCUUGCUGUUCUGGCUUCUGGGAUAGCUGCGCAGCCUGCAUUCGCUCCAUAAGACGCACACACAUUUCCCCUUACUUUUUAGGAGAGAAAAAGUGAGUCUUAUAGAGCAAAAAAUACGGUAUUCUCCGUACGAGGCUAGAGUCUGGAAGACAAUUGUGUGAGCUUAGACAAGGCACUCAGUUGAUAGCUGAACUGGGAUUCCAGUUCAUAGCUUAUGCUUUAAACCAUUGAUUCACAAAGUAAGCCCCCUUGGGAGGCAUGGGACAGUGAGACCUUCCUUCCUUCCUUCCUAGCCAAGACCUGAGUUGAUUGUAUCUCACUUGCCAAUGGACUCUCACUCGUUUGGGGAAGAAAAACAGCUGCUGUUCAUAGCUAGUUUAGGAUGAGGCCAGAAAGAUCCUGUACAGCUUUCUGUUAAUUCUCUUCAGGGCAUCACAUGCAGCAGCAGGCUGUAUUCUGUAUUCUGGGGAGGAAUCCCUAGAAAAUAGAAGAAUUGUAGGUGAGGGACAAGUUCAAAAGGGUUGAGAAACCUUUCCAAACUAAACCGCCCCUGCUUAUACUUUUGCGGCUUCUGAAAAGUGAUUCAUUUGGUAGAGAAUUUAAGCAUAUACAGUGGUACCUUGGGUUACAUACGCUUCAGGUUACAGAUGCUUCAGGUUACAGACUCCGCUAACCCAGAAAUAGUAUCUCAGGUUAAGAACUUUGCUUCAGGAUGAAAACAGAAAUCGUGCUCCGGCGGUGCGGCUGCAGCGGGAGGCCCCAUUAGCUAAAGUGGUGCUUCAGGUUAAGAACAGUUUCAGGUUAAGAACGGACCUCCAGAACAAAUUAAGUACUUAACCCGAGGUACCACUGUACUCCUUUCUACCCCACCUUUCUACAAAAAUAUUCAAGGAGGCUUCCAAUCAAAGUGGUAAAAUAGAACAGAAAACAAAGCUAAAAGAGACUGAAAUGUUAGCAACAGCAGUCACCCAAGUUAAUGACAAAAUUCUAACAAAGGUCACUGAAAUUGCAUUGUCUGCUGUUCACCUAAAGGCAAGCAGUAACAGCGCCAACCAGGUGUACCCCUCAUUGGAAGCUAUUCUAGAAUUUAGGGGUCACAGCUGAGAGGGGUUUCUUGGGUAGCUGCCAACUGUAAUUCCCACUGAAGGGAGACCUCAGGAAGGAACUCCAAAGUAAGUUUCUGGACACGUUUGCAUGGGAAAAAGCAAUGUGAUUCUUGAGAUGUUGUACAGAGAGUUAAGAGUAACAUAAGCGUUUUAGCCAGAAGAAAUGAGUUAUAUCUGGCUAGGCUCCUAAGACUCAAGAUAGAAUUACAAGGCCAUGACAGGUUAUCUAAGCCAGAGGUGGGCAGAAGAUUAAGAACAAUCUAAUGGUUGGCCACUGACCAGUUUCUGAGUUUCUCACAAAGAAUGCUGGACUAGCUGAACCACAGUUCUUAACCAAGAGUGCGCAUUCAAGAUCAUAUAACCAUAGCUGUCAUCUUACAGAUUUGAAAAUAAGGGACCAGCAGCCUCGAAAAUAAGGGAUCAGCAGCCAAAAUAAGGGAUUUUCAGAGCACAUGUAUGUUCAAUUUCUGAGCCCCUCUGAGCCAAAGGCAGAAAGCCCAGCCAGCAGCCAAACGAAGCCUCAAGCGCAGCAACCCGGCAAAGGGGAUGCAGCAAGGAAAACCACCAUCACCUCUCCGCUGGGAAGUGCUGAGCAAAGGCGAGUCCCCAGGCAACAUGGCUGAUUUGAUUGGCACAAGGCAUGCAAGCUCCACCCCCCAGUCGUUCUUAAGACUCCUUAUUGGGUGAGCAACGCAGCCAAGCAACACAGUUGGAGCCUCCCUCCUCCCUGGCCGGCAGCUCGGGAGGGAGAGGAGCUGCUUCCUUUGAAACCCAGGAAAUUUAAGGGACAUCAUCAAUAAGGGACAGCAGUGGGACACUGCGCUGGGAUAAGGGACUUUCCCGCCAAAUAAGCGACGGUUGACGGCUAUGCAUAUAACACAUGCUAUGGCUUAAAAUAUCCUGACAGUACCUCUUGCAUUUAAAACACAUUGGUUAACCAUGAAGAUUCUAACAAAUCGAAAAGGUAGACUACACACAGAUAAGCAAACCCCAGCCUAAUUGAUUCCUUUUUCUUCUUAUUUUAACCAUAGGUACCGCUAUCAUAAAAAGUAGCAAAAGUUUACUCUAAAAAACAUAGAAAUCAAAUUGUUUAGAACAUUAGUGUAACUGUCCAAUGAAAGAUUAAUCCAUAGGCUGUUGUUUUGUUCCUGAUCUGAUCUUGCACAUGUGGAUGUGUUAUAUGUAUAUACGCACACGUGUCCUUGCCAUCUGUAAACAUGACCAAACAGCAACAGUUACACUGCUGUAUUUAGAACACGGUUCUUACUCUAAUAUCUAAGUAACUGCUAAUAUCCAUUGAGAGGAUUUGAAGUGGAAAUAAGGUCUCCUUCCUUUACUGUACCAGGAAUUCUUGUACUAUACUGGUGCAUGUUCGCUGUACAUGUCUGUUUUAGCCUUGGGUGGGACAGAUAUGAAAGGUGCUUGUCUUAUAGUGAAAUCCUAACCAUAUAUUCUCAGAAGUGGCGUUUGUUCCUAGAGUAGGUGGGGUUAGGAUUGUAGCUUUAGUUGCUACCUUUUAAAGAAAUUCUAGCUAGAACCUCUUAAACCUGUUAAAGCCUUACAGUGUCUAAGAUCCAGGUGUUUAUUGGUCCACCUCAAACAAAGGUGAUUAUCUGAGUCUUUCUUCUGGGUGCCCUCAUCUUCUGGAGUGUGAUGGGUAGUGACCAAAGAGAGGGCUUUUAAAAUAUAAUGGCACAUUGCUUCUGGAAUGCCCUUACAUUUUUCCAUGACCUGGAAAAGAACUUAUUUUCCCUGACUACUUAGAUAUUUUUAAUUGGAAUGUGUAACACUCCUUGACUAACUGAUUUUGUUUUUCCACUUAUGUCUUUUUUUAUUGAUUGUAUUGAUUACUUUGGAAGGUGCCCUGAGAGCUCCUAUUCCUGAAAUUCUGGGGUAUAAAUUUAAUGAUAGCUAAAGAAAAUAAGCAAAAACCCUAUGGUACUUCGGCUAUAUUUAUUGGCUUUCAAAUAUAAUAACUUACCCAUCUGCCCUUUUUCAGACAAACAAUCCAUUGCAAGGUUCAGAUUGUCCCAUUUGGUUUCCAUGUCUGCUACUUCCGCAUCUGAUACUAAAUAUUUUAUUUGAAAAAUAAGCUAAGAGAUAAAGAAGGAGUAGUGCAUAUGCCAAGCAGAUUGGGCUUUUAGCCGAAAAGCAUCAUGAAAGGAAGCCAAAAACGAGAUGCAUAACAAAACAACUUCAACGUAAAACUGUUAUGGAGGAAACAAAAACAUGCAGCAGCUUUCCUGAUUGCAGUGCAGAACUGAAAGUAAACUGCACAGAACCUGAGAGCUGAUCUGGCAGUUCCUGGUUUGGCAAGCCAGGUGGGCCAAUGCACAGCAUCACCUGUGCAAUUGGUGAACAGAAUUUAGUUGCUUUACUUUUACAUCUUUCAGGCUUGGAUUCCCCCCCCAAAUUAUGGCUUUCUCCAUAAGAAUUUAUUGCUUAUAUUUGGUAUGCUGCGCUUAUUGUGCUCAGAUGUAUCACUAGAGUAGGGCUGAGAAACCUCAGGGUCUGGAUCUCUCCCGAGCCACACCCCAGACACACACACACACACACACACACACGCGUACGUAUUUGCACCCUCCAUGAUUGCUUUAGCUUGGCUGGAAUGUGACCUUGAACUCUGUUAAUGACUUGCUUGCCUAGCGGAAGGAUUGAGUGGGGUGUGUGAGUGUUACUAGAAAUUACCCUUCCGUACAAAGGCAAAAUGCCAUAUAGUGGUUCCCUGGCCAGGGAAUAAACCUGACUCUGUUUAAGCACAUGUAAGAAUGUGUACAGCUAAACCCAGGGGUCACCAACUUGGCAGGCACCAAGGUGCCUGAGAAGGCUUUUGUUGGCAUCCCCAGGCAGGAGCCUUACUCUGAAGUUUCAUUUUUAAAAAAGUAAGUUUCUGGCCCUCCUAGAAAGCAUGUUAUGGAGCAAAAUGUGCAGAUACCCUUCUAAGUGAUUUCUGUGAAAUGAGCAAGCCUGGCUGCUUCCCCUGGUAGUAUGUUUAAGCAAUGAAUGAAGUCAGGGCUGUGAUUGGUAAGCGAGUUGUUCUGACACUAGGCCAGGGGUAGGCAACCUAAGGUCCGGGGGCCGGAUGCGGCCCAAUCGCCUUCUAAAUCCGGCCUGUGGAUGGUCCCGGAAUCAGCGUGUUUUUACAUGAGUAGAAUGUGUCCUUUUAUUUAAAAUGCAUCUCUGGGUUGUUUGUGGGGCAUAGGAAUUCGUUCAUUCCUCCCCCAAAAAAAUAUAGUCCGGCCCACCACACGGUCUGAGGACAGUGGACCGGUCCACGGCUGAAAAAGGUUGCUGAACCCUGCACUAGGCAAUGGAAGCCCCCUGUGUUCCAAAGAGCUGCUUUCCCCAUUCCCCUUUAAUGUACUUUUUCUGCUUCAAAUUUCCUCGGCUGAAAUUCAGUAGGUUAAGCCUUUUCUCAUAUGGAAAUGCAGUUCUGGGGAAAGCGUUACAGAGACUUAAAUCUCUAAUUUUGUGUUGUGCCGCGCCUCCCUUGGCACCCAUUUUGUAACUGGUGCCUCCAGCACUCUCAAAAUUCAAAAUGCAUCCUCUCGUCCAAAAAGGUUUGCGGCCCCUGACCUAAUUUUUGAGAAGUAUAUUACUUUGAUUUUCACACACAUAUCGCCGUCACCCUUUUAUAGUCUAUAAAAUUCAGGGGUUGACGGCAACCUUUAGCAUUUUUAGAGCAAAUGCCUUUCAAGCUAGCUGCUAAGUUACGAUGUGCUUGUAUUGCAAGAAGAAGCUGAAAGGCUGCGUCCUGAAUUGUUAUACGUGUUUGAAUUCAUCUGCAAUUCAUGUGUUGGCCGGUAUUUAUCUGGCUGAUGACGUAUGAUUGACUGGUGCCAAAGCAGCAAAUUUUAAAUGAAUUCAAUUUCACCUCCCCUGACAUUUUAUUCAUUAUGAUGUAAGCCUAUUAAGUUAGUCAGACAAAAUUACAUUCUCAAAGGCAACACUUUUUUGUAUUCCUUCUGGCAUGCAAAAUGCUUUUGGAUUUUUAUUUCACUCAUUGUUGCAACAACUUCCAAGUAGGCCACCUGUAUUUCUUAUAUAUAUAUACAUACAUACGUGUGUGUGUACGUUCGUGUACACACACACACACACACACACACACAUACAGAGACUCAGAUAUAAAUAGAAGUGAUUUGCUGGUCCAGGACACAUGGGGUUGAAAUGGGGCUUCUUAUCUAGAUUUCCUACAUAAGAGAACCAGAAUAUCUUCCUUUUCAGCAAGAUACUGUAUUUUUCACUCUAUAAGACGCACCAGACCACAAGACGCACCUAGUUUUUGGAGGACGAAAACAAGAAAAAAAAUAUUCUGAAUCUCAGAAGCCAGAACAGCAAGAGGGAUCGCUGCACAGUGAAAGCAGCAAUCCCUCUUGCUCUUCUGGGAUAGCUGCGCAGCCUGCAUUCGCUCCAUAAGACGCACACACAUUUCCCCUUACUUUUUAGGAGGGAAAAAGUGAGUCUUAUAGAGCAAAAAAUACAGUAAGUACUGCAUUGAAACUGUUGGAUAAACUGAUGACGGUGGAAAUAACUUUCCUGGCUUCUAAUGCUAUUUUAUCUUUUAUUAGUAGGUUCAGUUUCUUGUGUGUAGUUGAGCUGAAAUGGGAUGGAGGGGUUGAGAGCAAGAUAGUUUAGGGUGAUGGAAAAGCAUCUGCAUCAUUUCAAAACUCCCAAAGCUCUCUCUGCUGAAUACAAAUAUACCCCAACUUGAAGUUGCCCAGCUACCUCCUUUUGCAGUUUACCGUUUCUGUACUUAACAUGUACAUUUCAGAUUUGAACAAUAAAUUAUUACCUCUGGCAUACAUAAAAUAUUAUUUAAGUAUAAUUGUAUUUUAGAAUUAUAAUUGUAUGCAAAAUUGUAUUUUACAGAAAAUAAAACUUCCUAGGAAAGUAUCCAGGCGUUAUCCAGCCUACGAGCUCUAUCUUUACGGGGAAGGAAGUUAUGCAGAAGAAAAUAGAAAUCUGCUCUUAACUGGGAUUCCAGUACUCUUCCUCCCUGGCAAUGCUGGGAGUUACAAACAAGGUAAGCUAUAUCUGAAGCAAUACUGAUGUGUGUAUUAUAAUCUUUCAUAAAGCAGGAAAUGUAUGAAGAUCUGUAGAAUGUUACCUUUUUUUAACAUAGGUCUUUGUGGAAGUAUGUAUUCUGAAUAUUUUGUUUAUAUGUAAUUGUUAACAGAAUUACCAACUUUCUUUGUUGAUGUAUUUGCAUCAUUUAAUAGCGUAGGGUAGAAUGUGUGAACAGUUAGAAUACCCAAAUUAUGCAAAAUCGCAUAAGAUAAGCUAAAAACAAUCAAAACUACAAAUCAACAAAAUAUAUUGCGACUGAGCACUAUUUUUACACUAUAUCUUGAUUGGCAUUUAUUUUAUUGUACAUCAAGCAUGUAAAAGAGUUGUCAAAGAAAGUGGCGUUGGGCAAGGUUUUAGAGAUUUAUCAGGAAGCGAUCCUUAGCCCUGGGCUUCUAAAUAGAUUGAGAGCUAGGCAAACCAGCUCUGCUACAGGCGUCAAAGAGGAUUAUUCAAAUAAUCACAGAAGAUACCAUAUGGGCAUCUGGAAAAUGAACAAAAUCCCAUGUGAAUCAUGCUCCCAACUGCCAUUUGGAGAAACAGAAUGUGAUUUCAACCUGCAAAAAAUGGAAUUUUCUCUGAGAACUGGGGAAAUAUAUUUUACAAGCGGAAUACUAAAAUUAGUGGUACAGGCAACUCCUGCUUUAGGCAUGUGUGCGCAAUUGCACAGAUGCGCACAGCGCUGAACCCAGAAACAUAAUAAAGAUGUCACUCAAAGGGGCAGGGCAGGGAGUUUGCAGGCUUUUUCAAUGGGUUUCCGAUUUCGCGCAAAUGCACAGUGACCCCGGAAUGCAAACCCCACGUAAAUGGGAGUUGCGUGCACUUGACUUAGCUUUCUUUUAUGUAAGUGGCAUGCAUGAAUGAAUGAAUGAAUGAAAUCUUUGUUGCUAAAAGCUAUAAUCCGCCACAAUUGGUCACAAUGCGUAGAAUACAAAUAAUUGAUUUAAAACUGAACAACAACAGCAGCUAAGCAAACAUACAAAAAUGCGAAAAUCACAGCUGUGUAAGUUAAGCACUCCACAUCUCACACUCCCCCUUAUGAUACUUAUCUUGUUGCCUAGCUCUCAACUUACUUGCAGCCAAGGCAAAUUUUGCAACCAGUUCAGUAAUAAAUGUAAGUGGCUUGACCACCCAGUGCCAGAGGGCCAUGAGCAACUAUGUUGAUAUGUACAUUGCGAUGUCUCAGAAGUGCCACAUGAAACCAAGAGGCUAUAGCAGUCAAUUUGGAGGAUGGGCAAAUAUAAACUUGGACCACCCUCUGACUGCAUAUCAUCAAGAGAUCUACCAGUCAAGUUCAAAUACUACAAGGUGUAAGAUCUGUAUUCCUUACUGUUUGUGUUAUUUUUGCCCUCAUAAUCCAUAAAUACAUUAAAGGAGUGCUGUCCAUUCAUAAUUCAGUUUCCGUAAUAAAAGCUAGGGCAGGUAUAGCAAACAUGAUGCCCUCCAGCUGCAGUUAUCACUGGCAAUAGGCCAUGCUAGCUCAGGGUAAUAGAAGUUGUAGUCCAAAAACAUCUAGAAGCACCACUCCUGAUCUAGAAUAAUUAAAUCUUGACCAUGGAUUCCGCCCCCCCUCCCAUUCUGGGUAAGGGUUAAACUCUUUAGAAUUUGUCUGUCUUCCAAGAACAUGUUUGUGUUUUAAUAUGAUGGACCAGUACCCUGUUAAUUAUGCUGUUUUAAAUGUGUAUUUUGUAUUUGAUUUCAUUUAGCAGUGGGUUUUUUUUUCUUUUUGAAAUGUUUAAGAUUUUUUUUUGUUAACUCUGUUUUAAUUAUGUAUUCUGUAGUUGACCUCCUUUGUAAUAUUAUCUUUAGGAUAAUAGUUUAGUUUUCUGUUAAUUAUGUUGUUUUGACUGUAUACUCUAUAUUUGACUUUCUUCAGAAAUGUUUGAUUCUGGAUUGUUUUAUUGAUGUUUUAAUAUGCUGUAAACUGCUUUGAGAUUUUUCUAAAUAAAUAAUCUCUACUAUUUAUAAGAAUUUCCGAAGUAGCUGCUGUGACGAGAGCCUCUUGCCAUUAGUUCUUGUCUUCAUGGAAGUAAAUGCCGAUCAGCAGCUAUGUUGUGAUUUUUUAUCAAACCAGCUAUAGAUCGGUAUAGGGUUAUGAAAAUAAAUGGGUAUCAGAAUGCAUUUGAGAAUGGUGCAGAUCUCUGUGGUGGAGAAACACCUUUCCCAUGCUUCUGUAUUGUUGAGCAAUCUAGAUACAGAAGCAGCCAGGCCUUAUCAUGAUCUGUUCCAAAGCUCCUUGCAUAAAUCAUAUCUUUCUCAGGUAAUACCUCCAUACUGCAUGUUAGGCCAUGGUUUCUCUAGCAUAGAGUUUGGUGACACCAAAUUACAACCAGUUGCAUAUUCCAUUCCACUUUAACAAUAGAUCUGUAUCUUUUCUGUCCCCUGAGGUCAAAUUUUAGUGCUCCGCCCUAGCAUCAAAAUCUAGAGAUAUUAAACUACUUUCUUCUAAUAAUUCCUGUGUGCUUUUUCAGUACGUUCCCUUGGGUCAAUAGCACUCAGAAAGGCAGAAGAUGCUGACUUCAAGUAUCAUUUUGAUGUCUUCAGCGUCAACUUCAAUGAGGAACUUGUUGCACUCUAUGGUGGAAGUCUACAAAGGCAAACUAGAUUUGUGCAUGAGUGUAUUAAAGUUAUUCUUAAAUUGUAUAAGGUAUGGAGAUAAGCAUUAUGCACUUAUUUAAUUCUGUCAAAUUAUUAGCUGUAUUGGAUAUGACAGCUGCAGGUUGGGAGAGAAAUACUGUUGCUUUGUGUUUUAUGGUUGGGAUACCUAUCAUCCAUCUAUCUAUCUAUCUAUCUAUCUAUCUCCAUGAUUUGGUAUAGGGUCGUGUUUUCCAAACUUGGGUCCCCAGCUUUUUCUUCUUCUUCUUUCAAACUACAAUUCCCAUCAUCCCUGACCACUGGUCCUGAUCAGGGAUGGUAGAAGUUGUAGUCCAAAAACAACUGGAGACCCAAGUUUGGGAAACACAGUGUUUGAAAUUGUCUCUCUCUCUCGACUACAUUCAGUAGCAUUAUUUGAAAGUUGGGUCCUUUGAAAGUUGGGUCCUUGUCUACCUAUACUAAAGUGAUACCUCAGGUUAAGAGCAGUUUCAGGUUAAGAACGGACCUCCAGAAUGAAUUAAGUUCUUAACCCGAGGUACCACUGUAUUAUGCUGAGCACCCUCAAUAUAGAAAUGUCUUACUGAUUUAGAUUCAAAAUCCAAUUAACUGUACUUGAAUUGCAGUCUUAGUCUUUGUAGUAACUUGAUUUUCGGCGAAUGACAAUAAAGUACAUCAGAAUUCAAAUACAUCAGCUAUUAAGCAGGAGGGUGCCUGUGAUUUCAUACGAUCUCAGUGUGUUUGAUGUCAAAUCAUUUCUUCCUUAUGCUUCCUUUCUCUUUUUUUUAAGGGCCAGGGGUUUGCUCCACGUAGCGUUGCAAUAGUAGGUCAUUCGAUGGGCGGCCUUGUUGCAAGAGCACUGCUGACGCUUAAAAACUUCAAGGUGGAACUCCUCAAUGUCCUCGUUACUCAGGCCACACCUCACAUUGCACCUGUAAUGCCUUUAGACCGAUAUCUUACUGGUAAGUUUACUCCUAAUAUGACCACUUGGUAGACAUCAGCAAGAUUGUUGUUGUUGUUUAGUCGUUUAGUCGUGUCCGACUCUUCGUGACCCCCUGGACCAGAGCACGCCAGGCACUCCUGUCUUCCACUGCCUCCCGCAGUUUGGUCAAACUCAUGCUGGCAGCUUCGAGAACACUAUCCAACCAUCUCGUCCUCUGUCGUCCCCUUCUCGUUGUGCCCUCCAUCUUUCCCAACAUCAGGGUCUUUUCCAGGGAGUCUUCUCUUCUCAUGAGGUGGCCAAAGUAUUGGAGCCUCAGCUUCAUGAUCUGUCCUUCUAUACCUUAAAGUGCUAUAAAAAUUUUGUUAAUGUGAAUCAAUAUCCUUUUUCUGUCAUAAUAAUUUUCAAAGGGUACUAGAUAACCCCAAUAUUAGUCCUCCUAAUGCUUUUUAAUGUCAGUUCAGGCAAAAAUAUCUUGCAGUGCUCCUGACAAAGCUCUGAUGAACUCCCAAGGGAAGGUUUCUUUCAGUGUAAGAGGGGUAAGGUGCCAAGAAUGUCUCUACUUGCCUUUGUUGUUUGAUCAUGACCUAGAAGUGGAGCUGGUGGGUCUUCUUUUUAAAAAUUUAACUAAGAAAAGAAAUGGCAGUCUUUAGUUUGGGAAGGCCCAGUCCAUUCAGGGUUUCAUAGGUCAAAACCCUGCAUUGUACCUGGAGCAGCCAAGGAAAGCUGUACAGGCCACACAAUGUUUCAUACAAAAUGCUUUUGGAACUUGGCAGUCCUAGGAGGUGAGGUAUUGCCUUCAACAUCAGCCACCAAGCGUUUUCCUACAGCAGUUCUGUGCGUCUUGCGCUUGCCAUCCUUUCUUAAAUUAUAAGUGGUGACAGUAAUAUCUUAACCCAAGAAGGAGAGCAGAGAGCAUUGCUUUAGAUCAGGGGUCAGCAAACUUUUUCAGCAGGGGACCGGUCCACUGUCCCUCAGACCUUGUGGGGGGCCGGACAGUAUUUUGGGAAAAAUAAUAAUAAUGAAUUCCUGUGCCCCACAAAUAACCCAGAGAUGCAUUUUAAAUAAAAGGGCACAUUCUACUCAUGUAAAAACACGCUGAUUCCUGGACUGUCUGUGGGCCGGAUUUAGAAGGUGAUUGGGCUGGAUCUGGCCCCCGGGCCUUAGUUUGCCUAAACAUGCUUUAGAUGGAGCUGGUAAAAAGCUUUCCCAGAUUCUGCUAUUACUUGGACACUGGGGUGGACAAGGAGUGCACCGUCCAAGGGAGUUGUCUCUCUUUUCUCUGGCUCACUGUGUUUGUCGGUCAUAAAUACUUCGGUCUUCUCUAGAUUUGGCUUCCUUGAUUUGCCUGCAGCCUAGGGCUUGCUGAUCGGAAGGUCGGCAGUUCGAAUCCCUGCGACGGGGCGAGCUCCCGUUGCUCGGUCCCUGCUCCUGCCCACCUAGCAGUUUGAAAGCACGUCAAAGUGCAAGUAGAUAAAUAGGUACUGCUCCGGCAGGAAGGUAAACGGCGUUUCAGUGCGCUGCUCUGGUUCGCCAGAAGCGGCUUAGUCAUGCUGGCCACAUGACCCGGAAGCUGUCUGCGGACAAACGCUGGCUCCCUUGGCCUAUAGAGUGAGAUGAGCGCCGCAACCCCAGAGUAGUCUGCAACUGGACCUAACGAUCAGGGGUACCUUUACUUUAGCUUUGAGCUUUGAGCUAGGCACUGGAGGCAGGACUGGGGUUAAGAUGAGAAGGGAGACACAGGAUGGAGUGGUAUCAGCAUAUGGGUGGAAUCUUGCUCCAAAUCUGUUAGUUUCAGCUGGUAGCUUCUUGCACCUUAAACAGGAGCAGGGGCAAACAAGAGAAGCAAUCGGUGGCAUCCACCUUGCCAAGAACAAGGGAAGCAGUCCAAGAAUUUUCCUGUGAGCAGCCCUCCUUACAGUUCAUAACAAAGUUUCUAAAAUAUCAGCAGCUUGCCGUUCUGAUUUCUAAGCAUAUAAAUUAUCAACCAGGAUCGCAUUCAGUGUCAGGCCUACGAAGCCGGCGUAAUUUACGCGGGGGUAAAUUGUGCCAGUAUGGGACACGGGUGGCGCUGUGGGUUAAACCACAGAGCCUAGGACUUGCUGAUCAGAAGGUUGGCGGUUCGAAUCCCCGCGACGGAGUGAGCUCCCGUUGCUCGGUCCCAGCUCCUGCCAACCUAGCAGUUCGAAAGCACAUCAAAGUGCAAGUAGAUAAAUAGGUACCGCUCUGGCAGGAAGGUAAACGGUGUUUCCGUGCGCUGCUCUGGUUUGCCAGAAGCGGCUUAGUCAUGCUGGCCACAUUACCCGGAAGCUGUACGCCGGCUCCCUCGGCCAAUAAAGCGAGAUGAGCGCCACAACCCCAGAGUCGGUCACGACUGGACCUAAUGGUCAGGGGUCCCUUUACAUUUACCUUAAAUUGUGCCAGUGCAACUUAACCCUAUUCCAAACAUUUCAGGAGUGUGGCUACUGACAACUGAGCCAGCCCAGACUUGGCAGAAGGAAAAGAAGCCUUUACUGUAGAACAUUGCUUUUAGAAGGCGGCAUUUAAAUGCGGGCAUUAAACAGCUAUAGUUUAGCUUCCCUUUAGAAACCCGUAUUUCCUGUACAGUACCGUGUUCUUAUUAGGUUUUGCUCCAAGCCUUUGGAAUGAGUUCAGUCAAUGUGUAAUAACUGAAAUGUUUUGGCUGCAGGCUACACUGGCAAUGGGCCUGAGAAUCCCAAUGUGUCCAGGCGCAGCUUAAACAUUAAGCUUAAUUGUCGGUUUCAUUUUGGGGAAGUGUUGGUGAGCCGUUGGUAACUGGCAGACUUAGACACAAGGGUUGGUUAUUUGGUUAUUUGUGACAAGUUGGUUAUCUUAGUUUUCUCAUAUAAGUGUGGAUGCUCUGAUUAUUCUAUUAUCCUGAUGCCUGAGCUUUGACAGAACUGGGACACUUGAGAGAAUCCCUUGAAUAUCAAAGUCUAAAGGAAUGACUUGCAGCUUUCUAAACUGAGAUUCUUGACUAAUGGAAGUAUUACAAGAAAAUGAAGGACUUUGAAAUCUAGGCCACUUGAAGGUUUUACCGAGUGUUUUUGAUGCAGUUUCCUCUGUGCAGGAUUCUUUUGUGUUAGACUUCUGAUGACCAAGACCUCUGUCACCUUGACUAAUCCUGUGCAUUGUUUUUCAUGAGCUUACCCCUCAUGCCCUAAGCAGCUUGAAAGUUAGGCAAUAGCCAAUACAGUGGUACCUCGGGUUACAUACGCUUCAGGUUACAGACUCCGCUAACCCAGAAAUAGUGCUUCAGGUUAAGAACUUUGCUUCAGGAUGAAAACAGAAAUCGUGCUCCGGCGGCGCAGCGGCAGUAGGAGGCCCCAUGAGCUAAAGUGGUGCUUCAGGUUAAGAGCAGUUUCAUGUUAACAACGGACCUCCGGAACGAAUUAAGUACUUAACCCGAGGUACCACUGUAUGCAUAAUUGCUAGCAUCAAGUUAACUGCAGCAUGAGUGUAAACGAAAGACUCCGAAUGGAGCAGGAGUCCGUUAGUAUGGUUGCCAUGGUGACAAUGAAUUUAAUUCUCACAAUCAGAAUUUGGAAGCAGCAUCCAACAAGAAGCAGCUGUUCUAUUUUGCCCUUUAAAAAAUAAAAACAAUCUGCCAGCAUUUUCUUUUUCUCUCUUUUUUUAAUAACUUUUUUAUUCAAAAUUAAAAUGAAACAUAUUAUCCAGAAACAUAUCAUCCUUAUUUUCCCCCCAUUUUUCCUCCCCCCUCCCUCCCCCCACAGAACCCACCCACCCACACCCCCUGACUCCCCUCAGUUCCAGUCUUUGAUUUCUCUAAAAGUGCUGUUUUCGGUAUGUUACACAGUUGUGUAGAUCCUCAAACUAUUUAGCUGAUUAUUAUCAAUAAAAAGUUUGUGAAUGUUUAUUCAAAACCAGCCAAGGAGUCCAGUUCACUUUGUUGCGUCUUCAGAUACUUUGUAAAGGGUUCCCAUUCAUCUUUAAAGUCACAGUUAUCCUUGUCCCGUAGCUUGUAUGUCAGUUUUGCCAGUUCUGCAUAGUCCAUCAUUUUUUCCUUCCAUGAUUCUUUAGUUGAGGUUUCUUCAGUCUUCCAUCCUUGUGCUAUUAAAACUCUUGCGGUCGUUGCCGCAUACAUGAAGAUGUUUUUCAGCUUUUUUGGCAGCUCUUUCCCUAGAACUGCCAGCAUUUUCUCGAUUGAGCAGGUAACCCCCAGGCUGCCAGCAGUGGCGGAGGGGCGGUCUGCCCUGGGUGCCACCUCUAAGGGGGGGGGACAAGAAGGCACCCCAUGGAGGGCUCACCCCGCCGCCCCCGGGCGCGGCGGCGUAAGCUGCCACCAUCGCACAGCCGCAUGCAGAGGAUCCUCUGCUCACGGCGGCAGCGGUGAGAUCCUGCAACUGUCCAUACGGCGCUCAAGCGGCACCAUCAGCAAACCGCCCAGCUGCGCAUGCACUGUCCGUAGCGGUGCUGUGCAUGCGCCAUAUGUAGCGGUCCCUCGCAUGCACCGUGGGGCGGUUUGCUGGCAUUUGAGUUCCGUACGGAUGUAGGUGGGAUCCCUCCGACGCCACUGCAGCUGUGAGCAGAGGAUCCCACUGCCGUCCGUACGUCGCUCGAGUGGCGCUCUCAGCAAAUGGCCCCGUGGCGCUUGUGCAGUGCUGCUACGUACGGCGCAUGCGCUGAGGCACUGAGGUCCAGCGCCGAGGGCCUUCUGGCGGUUCCCUCGCUGCGAGAAGCCAAGUUACAGGGAACCAGGCAGAGGGCCUUCUCGGUAGUGGCACCCGCCCUGUGGAACGCCCUCCCACUAGAUGUCAAAGAGAAAAAGAACUACCAAACUUUUAGAAGACAUCUAAAGGCAGCCCUGUUUAGGGAAGCUUUUCAUGUUUAAUAGGUUAUUGUAUUUUAGUGUUUUGUUGGAAGGUGCCCAGAGUGGCUGGGGGGGACCCAGCCAGAUGAGCAGGGUAUAAAUAAUAAAUAAUUAUAAUUAUUAUUAUUAUUAUUACUGCUACGUACGGCGCAUGCGCCGCCGAGCAGUUUGCCCCGACACCCUGCACCAAGUGUCGGUUAGCCUUCCCUCGCCCCUGGCUGCUAGGCCAGUCUCUGCCAUUGUGUCAUUAAUGCUGCCACACCUUACAGUCCUCUGACUGUUGGAGUGGGAACUGUUUGCAUCAUUUCUAAAGUCUUUUUUGUUUAAUGACAUCUAUGCCCUUUUUCGCCCUUUUUCUCUCCCUCCUGUCACUUCAUUUCAGCAGUCCUCUCCUCCUCCUUCAAGUCUCCUUUUCUUUCUCCCGGACUUUUGCCUGCAGCCACAAGGGAAGAGUUGCCUCAGCGGUUGGCCUCUUUCCCAACCUCUCAUUUAUGUCUGAGAAAAUGGAAGGUUUUUUGUACUCCCAAAAAAGAGAAAUAAAAUUCCCCAAAAGGAGAAGUAAAACAUAGCAUGCUGGUUUUAUUACUUAAAUAUACUUAAAUAUACAGUCAUACUUUGGGUUACAGACGCUACAGGUUGCGUUUUUUCAGGAUGUGGACCGCCGAAACCUGGAAGAACCGGAACAGGUUAUAGUGGUACCUCGGGUUAAGUACUUAAUUCGUUCCGGAGGUCUGUUCUUAACCUGAAACUGUUCUUAACCUGAAGCACCACUUUAGCUAAUGGGGCCUCCCACUGCCGCCGCUGCCACUGCAAGAUUUCUGUUCUCAUCCUGAAGCAAAGUUCUUAACCCGAGGUACUAUUUCUGGGUUACGGGAGUCUGUAACCUGAAGCGUAUGUAAUCCGAGGAACCACUGUACUUCCAGGUUUUGGCGGUCGCGCAUGCGCAGAAGCUCUAAAUUGCAACCCGCGGUGCACAGACAGGCCACUGCAGGUUGCGAAUGUGCAUCCCGCACGGAUCACGUUCGCAACCUGAGUGUCCGCUCUACUGCUCUUGUUUGUUUUUUAAAAAAAACCUGCUUGACAUUUACAAUUUCUGAAAUUGUGUUGGAAAGUCUUUGCAGCCUGAUUCUAAACACAUUCCCUCCGAGCUAAUACUGAUUUUAGUUGGGACUGCUAAAGCUGCUGCCUUAAUUUGCAUUGUGCGGGCUGAUUCACAUGUCAUCUGUGGAUGGUUUUGCAUAAGUGGGAGCCAGCCUCGUCUCUGCAUUACCAGAAAAAAGGUACUGUUUGAGGUGGUAAUAUAUGGAUCUCACUUUUGGAUAGAUUCCUAUCCAUUACUGAGUAUGUGGGCCUGAUCAGGAGUGAGAGAGUUGUACUGAAACCUCAAUUAUUAUUUUCUUUCCAAGUAUGCAGACGUGAGAGUGACUCUCAUUUGUGCUAACCAAGAAGAAUGCCGUGUCUGAAUCAGCCGUGAGACUCAAAAAUAAGUUGUGCUCAUUUCGUUUGAGUAGCUCGCCUUCCUUUGCCUUUUACUGUGUAGCAUUUAGCUGGUGGUUUUGAUACAUAUCUUUUUGAUGUUGCUGUCCUCAGAUGAUUCUUAAUACCCAGUAUGAAAGUAUAGCUUUUAAUGUACGUUGUGGUUGAUCACUUCAGUUAUUCCAGAUUCAGAAUUUGGAUUUCUCUAAACAAAUGCUGCUAAACUAAUGUUUAAAACAAUUUUUUCCCCUCUGGAAGAUUUUUACAGGGCGGUAAACCAGAAAUGGAUUCAGAAGGCUAAAGAAAUAAAGAAUCUAACAACUCUUUCCGUGGCGGGAGGAUUUCGAGAUUAUCAAGUUCGUUCAGGAUUGGCUUUUCUGCCCCAAACAAGUCAUCAAAGCAGUGCCUUAUGUGUUGUGGUAAACUAAGCACCCAUUCUUUUAAAAUUAAAGUAAUAUUUACAGAUUUGGGGAUAAGUAAUUUGCAACCCUAGGGCUCUUGUACACACUGAAGGAUUCUUGUUAAAGGUAUUGCAUAUUUAAUCCUUGCCCUGGCAUUUACCGUAUUUUUUGCUCUAUAAGACUCACUUUUUCCCUCCUAAAAAGUAAGGGGAAAUGUGUGUGCGUCUUAUGGAGCGAAUACAGGCUGUGCAGCUAUCCCAGAAGCCAGAACAGCAAGAGGGAUUGCUGCUUUCACUGCGCAGUGAUCUCUCUUGCUGUUCUGGCUUCUGAGAUUCAGAAUAUUUUUUUUCUUGUUUUCCUCCUCCAAAAACUAGGUGCGUCUUGUGGUCUGGUGCGUCUUAUAGAGCAAAAAAUACGGUACUUUAACCGGAGUAAUUAAAGUUGUAUUCUAGAUUCAGCUCUCGGUCCCAGUGGAAACAGUGACACUUGUUACCAAACAAAUGUGGAUUCCCUAUAAGAUUAGAAGUGUAAUGCUUGGGCCAGUAUAUAAACGUUUUUCUCCCAAAUUCCUUUUCUGAUAAAAGGGCCUAGCAGGAAGAAAUAAGAAGUCCUACUGGACAUGACUAAGAGAUGGGGCUUGCCUAAUUAAAGAAAAUUUUUGGAUUCUGUCUAAAGACUGCAGUCCUGCAUUCAGCUGGCUGAACAGAAGGAUCCAAAGAAUCACACAUCAAAUUUUUACAUAUCCAAAGACACUUUUAACAUUCCCCUUCCCGAACAGCCGCUCUCCGUGCUACAUAGCUGUCAACCGUCCCUUAUUUGGCGGGAAAGUCCCUUAUCCCAGCGCCAUGUCCCGCUGCUGUCCCUUAUUGAUGAUGUCCCUUAAAUUUCCUGGGUUUCAAAGGAAGCAGCUCCUCUACCUCCCUCCCUGCCGCCCAGGGAGGAGGGAGGCUCCAACUGUGUUGCUUGGCUGCGUUGCUCCCCCAAUAAGGAGUCUUAAGAACGACUGGGGGGCGGAGCUUGCAUGCCUUGUGCCGAUCAAAUCGGCCACGUUGCCUGGGGACUCGCCUUUGCUCAGUGCUUCCCAGCGGAGAGGUGAUGGUGGUUUUCCUUGCUGCAUCCCCUUUGCUGGGUUGCUGUGCUUGAGGCUUCGUUUGGCUGUUGGCUGGGCUUUCUGCCUUUGGCUCAGAGGGGCUCAGAAAUUGAACAUACAUGUGCUCUGAAAAUCCCUUAUUUUGGCUGCUGAUCCCUUAUUUUCGAGGCUGCUGGUCCCUUAUUUUCAAAUCUGUAAGUUGACAGCUAUGCCGUGCUACAUGCCAAACCAAUUUUGACACUGAGUUGCAGUUCUGAGGCAUAGUCAUCUGCUAUUACAGGGCGAAAGGCAGAACUUCUGCUGUUCUGUGCAUGUCUAAACUAGCCCUUUGAAUCCCUGCCGUUGGGAUUUUAGCUGUGGGCAGGAUUUCAGCAAUGUGAUUUCUUCAUUAAGAUAAUAUUAAAUGUUUCUCAUUAGUAAUUUUUGAAAAGAAGUAACAGAAAUCUCUUCUUAAAUAGACUUCAGCCAUUCCUCGUGUCUGGGCUUCAACAGACCAUCUCUCCAUAGUUUGGUAAGCAGCUAGAACCAGAUUAGGUACCCGAAUUGACUCUUCUUUUGUUGCUUGAUUUCAUUUUUAUCUGUAGUUUUUAUAACUAGCCUUUUCCCCUUACACUCUUUUUAUAGGUGUAAAGAAUUGAUCUUGGCUACCAUCCGAGCAUUUUUUGACCUUAUUGAUGAAAACACUAAGCAGGUUUGUAUUUCUGUUGUAAAUAGUGAUGGUAUUAAUGUUAAUUUGAAUCCAUAUUCUGUCUUGGGUUUAGUAUAAAUAUGCUUCAUUGCGACCAAACUUAAGUUAAAAUUCUUCUGAAAUCACGUGUUAAUUCUUAGAUAACAGAAGAUCCACAGAAGAGAAUGCUAGUGUUAAAUCAUCACUUUCUGAGGCACCCUGCAAAAUUAUAUGAAGAGAGCCCUGAAUCUGUUGCUGAACUAACAGGUUAGCUUAUUUUUUUUUUAAUACAAGAUCAGGGUUGGUAGUGAGUCUAAGCAAAAUGGGUUUGAAAUAAGCUGUGUUUUCUGGUGAAACUAAACACUGGGAGCUCCUUUUCCUACCUGAUGCUUUACUUGGGCUUUUCCCAUUUGUGCACAUAGCACCAAACCAUGGUUUAGCAUUGUAUAUGCCAGGCUCCUAGGUCUCGGCUUCCUCCCCCCAUUUGGCUGUAGAUAAGCAGGACAAAGCGAAAAGAGUCCCUUACCAUGUAAUGAUCACAGCAAAUGAACAAAGCAUCCAUUCUCGGAAUGAAGGUGUUCCCAGUUAAGGAUUCCACCCACUUCCUUCCUAGUCACUUCCGCAUCUUGCAACCUGAUCUCGCAACCACCCUUCUUGUUGUGUAGCCACCUUAUCUGCUCUACGUGACCUUGGACUGAUAGGCUGAAAACUUUCCAGGGAGAGAGUGCCUGUUAGCUCUCUCUCUUCCUGUUCUUCACUUUGUUGUUCACCCCCCAGUUCUUCCCAACUUUUGUCUUCAGAACUAUGCCCCUCUGUAAACCGCUGUUCCAAAUCUAUACUGCUCCACUGCUCUUGGGCACCUCAGAAUCCUGGUCGGGGGAGGGGGAGGCUCCCACCAUUCCCCAUCAGAGCAGUACUCCUCAGCCUGGUCUCUGACAGUAUAUGAACAUGGCCUGUGUGUGGCUUCUCUAACUUCUUGAACCAACUUCAUACUGCACCAUCACCACCACAUUAUUUUAGGGGGAGAGUUCACAGAACGAACUAGUUCUAAGUUGGUGCUAUACUUUCAUGUCAUUAAAUCUUGGGUGGUUUAGUACAACACCAUCAGGGAAAUGGAUCUUUGUAUAUUCUUAAGCUUAUUCCUUAUUUGUAUGAAGUCCGGUCCUCGGCAGAUAUCAUGGCUUGAUACUAUUUGAAGUUAGAAAGUGAAAAAACCAAAACAGUGGUGGUAAUUUUGUAGGAAGUGAGGAAGAAUUUUAUUCCUGGAUGUGUGAAGAGUGAUGUUGCUUGAUUGCAGGAGAAGUAAACUGGAUCCAGAUUAAAACUUCAAAAUGGUCCUAUACAGUGUACAAUGUGAGUUGCGUUGAUUUCUUCUUUUAACUGUAACUUGUUUAAUUUCGGAUAGAUGACAUGGGAAGCUGCCCAGGAGGCAAAUGCAGCAACUUAAGGCCUGCUUAUUUGAUCCCUGGAACUCUUCACGGGCCACAACUCCACUCCACCAGCCAAACUCUUCACUGGCCCUGGUCCACACUCACGUGUAUUUUGCCUGCCUGAAAUGCUUGUUGGGCUGGAGAAUAGGUGUAUGUGUGUGUGUGUGUGUGUGUGUGUGUGUGUGUGUAGAAUGCAGCCUACUGUUGUGCUGCCCAUUUUUGCCUCUGGCCCCACUCGCCUCUAGCAUACGGCCCUUGUAAGGUGGCCCAGAAGGGAGUUCAGCCUUGGGCUGCUUUGAUGAGAUCUGCAACCCUAAGGUAAAGGGACCCCUGACCAUUAGGUCCAGUCGUGACCGACUCUGGGGUUGCGGCGCUCAUCUUGUUUUAUUGGCCAAGGGAGCCGGUGUACAGCUUCCGGGUCAUGUGGCCAGCAUGACUAAGCCGCUUCUGGGGAACCAGAGCAGCACACGGAAACUCUGUUUACCUUCCCACUGGAGUGGUACCUAUUUAUCUACUUGCACUUUGACGUGCUUUCGAACUGCUAGGUGGGCAGGAGCAGGGACCGAGCAACGGGAGCUCACCCCGUCGUGGGGAUUCGAACCACCGACCUUCUGAUCGGCAAGUCCUAGGCUCUGUGGUUUAACCCACAGUGCCACCCGCGUCUCCAAACCUACCUUAUACCAAAUCAGACUCUCCAGGGUUUCAGACGGGUCUUGUUUCCCAGUCGUACCUGGAGAUGCCAAGUAUUGAUCCUGAGACCUUCUGCCUGCAAAGUAUGUGCUCUGCUUCUGAGCUUUUGGCCCACCCCCAGUAGACUGUCCAGGACUGUACAUGGCUAAUGGUGAUUGGAAACCAUGUCUGCUCAAUCCCAUUCCAGCAGUUCUCCAAACUACUACAGUUUCAAUUCAGCAUGUUUUUGUCCUUUUCUGAACAGGAAUCGGAUGGAAAAUACUUUACUUUCCCUCUCUCAGGCCAUCGAAAACCAUACAGUCAUGUCUACUGUCAAAGCAGUAUGUUGGUGAGAAAUUGCUUUCCUUUGUGGCUUGACUUAACUUAUGUAUUUAUAGUAAGAAAAUGAUUUAAAUACUUUCACUAUUUUGUAUGCCAAGCUAUAAUGUGUAUUCUUACCUCUCUUUCUCCCCCACAUACCUGUUUUAUCUAUCAGGACACAAAUAGUUGGAUAUAUGGCUGUAUAAACAGUUCCUCACCUGUGUGGUAAAUAUAUUUUACAUUUCAUAAACAAGUAAAAUAGAACUGUUUGCAGAAGAUACUUCUGCAAAUUACUGCUGUUUUUAAUGUUCAUUUAAAAAUAAGGUUUGGUUUUGUAUUUGCUUAAAACGAGUGGUUCUUAGUUCUGUUUUGUUUUCAUUUUUGUGUUAUAUUUUCUGGCCUCUUCCGACUGUUGUGACAUACUAGGAAUUUAAGCCACCCUUAAACCUGCCUUAAUCCACUUCUUGGAUUAGGAGAAUCCCUAUAAUCCCAUGGUUAGCUGUGUAUUUGGCUUUAAUGAAUAGGAUUCCCCUGGGGACUGGUGGAUUUUGAACAUAUUCAAAAUUAGCUUAAGCACCCUGCAGUUAUAUUUAAAUACUGAAGAAAGAACAUUAAUAUAGCCAUAUUAUAUCACAUUUAGCACUGUAACACUUUCAUAUGGUUUAUCUAGUACAUGAGAAAGCAUUUUCAGUGUUCAAAAUACCGGUAGUUCUUGCUCAAGGAAAGGCCUUUCAGUAUUUGUUUGCAAUAUGCCAAUUUAUACAUUAACAGUCUUCCAUGUAUUCCUUAGCCAUUAUUUUAUUGUUUCCACUGACCGGUGACCAAAAUGUUUGCACAAAAUGGCAAGUUAAGAAUUUUUAAAUUUUUGGUUUUUUGGUAAAACAUCCUUUAACUUUCUCUAAGAGGAUGACAACAAUAUAUAGAGGGAGUUUAUGUCUGCUUGCUGCCUUCCCUUUAUAACUUCCAUGUAGAAAUCUGCAGAACAGCUUAUUUGCUAAUUAGCUGUUGUGCAGGAACAUCAGACACAGUAAAUAUCUGGACCAGUGGUAAAGGAUAGUUUCUGCAGAGAAGGAAGGGAAUAAAAGCUUGGGGGGGGGGAGGCAAAGUUGUUGUGUUUGUUUUAGUUUUGCCAAAAGUUAUUGAGCUUUUUGGGCAAAAUUGGAAAAAAACAGACAUUUUUGAGCUUUUUAAAAAGUAAAGGUAAAGGUAAAGGGACCCCUGACCAUUAGGUCCAGUCGUGACCGACUCUGGGGUUGUGGUGCUCAUCUCACUUUAUUGGCCAAGAGAGCCAGCAUACAGCUUCUGGGUCAUGUGGCCAGCAUGACUAAGCCGUUUCUGGCAAACCAGAGCAGUGCAUGGAAACGCCGUUUACCUUCCCACCGGAGCGGUACCUAUUUAUCUACUUGCACUUUGUGCUUUCAAACUGCUAGCUUGGCAGGAGCAGGGACCGAGCAACGGGAGCUCACCCCGUCGCGGGGAUUCAAACCACUGACCUUCUGAUCGGCAACCCACAGCGCCACCCGCGUUUUAAAAAGUAAAAUUGCUCAAAACAACACUGCUGACAUGAGGUGCCAUACACCCGCAUUUUUCUGGACAUUUUGCCGAUUUCCACCUAGACACUGCUUCCAACAGCAGUAUUCCAGUUAUGUCUGGGAAAUUCCAAACGUAUGGCAACCCUGUUCACUAUGGUUUGCUGAAACAAGCCAACUUCACAAAUUACAGUUGGAAGGUGGCUUAUUUCAACCAAGUACAGUUAAAAUUAACCACAGUUUGUCGAGAUUAAAAAAUUGCAACAUGCUACAGUGAAUCUGAAUUGAUGCUUUUGAAUUAUGGUGCUGGAGGAGACUCUUGAGAGUCCCAUGGACUGCAAGAAGAUCAAACCUCUCCAUUCUGAAGGAAAUCAGCCCUGAGUGCUCACUGGAAGGACAGAUCCUGAAGCUGAGGCUCCAAUACUUUGGCCACCUCAUGAGAAGAGAAGACUCCCUGGAGAAAAGCCUGAUGUUGGGAAAGAUGAAGGGGACAAGGAGAAGGGGACGGCAGAGGACGAGAUGGUUGGACAGUGUUCUCGAAGCUACCAGCAUGAGUUUGACCAAACUGGGGGAGACAGUGGAAGACAGGAGUGCCUGGCGUGCUCUGGUCCAUGGGGUCACGAAGAGUCAGACAUGACUAAACGACUAAACAACAACAGUGAAUCCAAAAUGGAAGUGAAAGCUUCUAAACACUUCAGAAUUGUGGCCAGAGUCAAACUUUUUGUGUCUUAUCUCCAUAAUUUUAGAAUGUGGUUAUUGUGUUACAGUUUCUUGCCUGAGGGCAUUUACACCUACAUUUCCACAAAGGCCUAAUUUGACACUCUGGCCACUACACCACAUUAGCUAUAGGUAUCAAUAAUAGUGAUAUUAGAGUUGCUUUCUAAACUUGCUUACCAAUUAAAAUAUACCAUUGUGCAUAAGAAACUUGAAAUAAAUAUUCAUGAACAACAUCUAGCAUGGUUCUCUAAUCUCUAAUAAUUUUUAUCUUAAUUUUCUACAGUCUGCGAGGUGUUGAUUUGAGUUGGAAAACUGAAUUACUGCCAACAGUUAAGGUAAAAAUUGUACCAUUUCCUUGAAAACUAAACACUUGUUUGUUUAUUCAUUAUUUAAGAGAAUAUAAAUGUUCUGUGCACUUAAACACUAAUGAAUCCACUUAAACACAUUUUGAAGAGCUUCUGUGAUAAAAUUAACAGUUCCAGUUUUUCCUUGUGGUUUAAGUGCUCUGCUGGAGACUUGGAAAUUAUUUUCACCAUGAUUUUUUUAAAAGACUCAAAAUACACUUUGCAGGCCAGUUAAACAUUACUUUUGCAUGUAUUGUCUUUCUAGACUGUGACUCUGAAACUUCAAGAAUAUCCUUCUUUGUCUCAUCUUGUGCUUCAUGUACCAGCCGUCAAUGGUAAUAAGGUAAUAGAGAGGAGUGUCUAGUUUGUGUGUGUUUAAAACCAAUACCACCUGAGUAUUUUACAUAACUUUUCCUGAAAUGUUGUGUUUUUUAGCGCAUGCUAUAGCUUGUGAUGAGAACUGUUGCUUUCUUUUAACAAAUGACCCAAGUCUUUGCUGUUAGACCAGGCAUGGGCAAACUUGGCCCUCCAGAUGUUUUUAAGACAACAAUUCCCAUCAUCCCUGACCACUGGUUCUGUUAGCCAGGGAUGAUGGGAAUUGUAGUCCCAAAACAUCUGGAGGGCCAAGUUUGCCUGUGCCUGUGUUAGACUAUUGAUGGAUUGACUGCAAGAGUUGUUUGCCUCUGUAGUAUCUGGGGUAAAGCACAAACCAUGCUUUAGGCUCCACAAGAGAGCCUAAAAUAUGCCUUAGUUCCAAAUGACACGUUUGAGAAUCUGCAGAACAUUUGCAGGUGAUGCAGAAAUGACCACUAUGCUUAUUUCUGUUUACUAAUACAGUGGUACCUCGGGUUAAGUACUUAAUUCGUUCCAGACAUCCGUACUUAACCUGAAACUGAUCUUAACCUGAAGCACCACUUUAGCUAAUGUGGCCGCCGCGCUGCCGGAGCAUGAUUUCUGUUCUCAUCCUGAAGCAAAGUUCUUAACCCGAGGUAAUAUUUCUGGGUUAGCGGAGUCUGUAACCUGAAGCAUAUGUAACCCGAGGUAGCACUGUAAGGUGAUUUGUUAAGUUUAUGGUUGAGUCAGCUCUCGAACCCAGUUCUCCUGGUGUGAAGUUUAAUACAGUGGAACCUCAGUUGCCGAACAUAAUCCGUUCCAGAAGACCGUUCGACUUCCUAAACGUUCGACAACCAAGGCGCAAUUGCCAGUCGGUAAAAUCCAUUGAAAAAAUGGAGAAACGCACCUCGGAAGCCGUUCGACUUCCGAGGCGUGUUCAAAAAUGGAAGCAUUCACUUCCGGGUUGUCAGCGUUCAAAAGCCGAAACAUUCAACUUCCGAAGCGUUCGACAAUUGAGGUUCCACUGUACCUUGUCUUGGUUUUCAACUUUGUGAGGAUGAAAUGCUAUGUGGACCACUGCCAGAAAUUCUAGAAAUCACUUUGUAUUUCUUUGUUGCAGUUUACUUUGGACUGCGAGUUCUUUAACGAAGCUUCAAGAACAGUACAGCUUCCUGUGACCCACCUUUUUUCAUUUGGUAGGCCUCCUUCGCUGCAUUUGGCAAAUUCAUGAUUCUGGUUUCCGUGUAUUUAAAUAAUUAUUUCUUGUUAAUUGUGACUCUAAAGACUGAAAUCUUUAAGAUAAUAUUUUAGUUUUCUGUUGAUUACGUUGCUUUGACUGUAUACUCUAUCUUUGACUUUCCUCAGAUUGUUUUAUUGAUGUUUUAAUAUUCUGUACACCACUUUGAGAUUUUUCUUAAAAAUAUAAAGCGGUAUAGAAAUGAAAUAAGUAAUAAUAAUAAUUUACUGACUACUUCUGACAUGAGGCAUUACUUUCUACAGGGCUUUCUUCAAGCAAAAUUGUAUUAAAUUCAACUGGUCUUAUUCACAAGGUUCAGCUUCAACAUUUUGGUCAGGUAUAAAUACUGAUUUAUAAUUAUUAUUAUUAUUUCAGGUACAUAUGUUUUCUGUUUUGGGUUAGUUCUUUUGGGGAGUUCUAGUAAACUAACAUGUAUUGCAUUGUUACAUUUGUUUAGAUAUACCAAGCUUUUAACAUCCUUAUAGAGAGCCGCUGCCAGUCACUUAAAGGUAAAUUUAUUUCCAGAAAUCACUUUUAAACCAGUGUUGGGGGGGGGAGGGAAUCCUUUGAUGUACCUCAUUACUUGCAUGCUCUUAUUUUUGUAAUGUCAUUCGUUCUGUAGUCUUCAUUUCUAAGUUCAUUUUGUAGUCUGACUUGCUGUAAAAUUAACCUUAUUUGAUUAUUAUUUUUUGGCUUUGUUUACUGAUGUGGGUAGUUGACAGCACAAUUCCAUGUACUGUAUUGAAACCUACUGAUUCACAUUUGAGCAAGGCACAUCCAAUAUUAAGGCCCACCUUCCUCUUCCCUGCUUUUAAAAUCUCCCAAUUUUUGUUCGUUUUUCUUCAGUUUUGCUGAGAUUUCAUAACAGUCUUCUUCUUUUCUUGAAGUAUAGUUUCAGUAGCUGAGCUUGCCAGUUCAUUACAAAGCACUCUACAAUUCAGAUCAUUUUUUCUGCAGUACCCCAGCUUGAUUUCAUAUUAUGUUAACUCUUUUAGCUGAUAGAUAUAUAUCAGGUAUGAAAGGUCUGUUAAUCUAGAAGAUUUGAUCUGAACUACUAUCUCAAGUUUAGCAGGUGAACUAGUGAACUACAAAUAAGCUAAGGUAUCAGCAUGUGGAGAUAUUUGCUUAAAUCAGCCAAUUGGAGUGUGUGUUUCAGAAUCCAUUAUUUUUUGUUUGCUCUUAUCAUGGGUAAGGGGGGAAAGGACUGUUACAAGAACUUUUUUUUUUAAACGGUUGAUUUAAAAAUUGAUGGGUACUUGGGAGGCAAAUUUAAGCUUACUUUUAAUGCAAAGGCAAAAUUCAUUUUAGUCCAUAGAUUUUAAUAUUCUUAAUCCCUUAUUUAUUGGGGUAUUUCCUGAGCAUCACAAGAUUGGGCUGAAAUGUUUGAAAGAAAAUAAAGUGUGUGUGUGUGUGUGUGUGUGUGUGUGUGUGUGUGUGUGUUUCUUCCCCUCAAAUGGAGCUAAAAUAUUUUCUAAUGUAAGUGAUAACUGAGAUGUGACAGUAGAUUCAGGACUCUGCUUCAUUAAUGGGGUGUGGACUGAGAAUUUUAUUUGAUGAUUUUAUCACUGGUGAGCACCUGGUGUGUCCUGGUAAACCAGCUAAAUGUGUGUUGCCACUGAGCUAAGUUUUAUUCUAAACUCUGUUCUGAUCGUUUAGAUUUGGUAUACAGUGGUACGUCUGGUUAUGUACUUAAUUCGUUCUGGAGGUCUGUACUUAACCUGAAACUGUUCUUAACCUGAAGCACCACUUCAGCUAAUGGGGCCUCCCGCUGCUGCCGCACGAUUUCUGUUCUCAUCCUGAAGCAAAGUUCUUAACCCGAAGUAUUAUUUCUGGGUUAGCGGAGUCUGUAACCUGAAGUGUAUGUAACCUGAAGCAUAUGUAACCCGAGGUACCCCUGUAUAUAGAUCCCUGUGUGGGCGAGAGAGGAAUUAAAUGUGUGCAAAUGUAGUUGGUAUCCCUAAGAUGCCUAAAUUUGUUUUCUAAUCUGUUUAUGUUUCAGAGGGAAGCUUUCAGUUCAUAUGUAUGAGAUGGUAUAUGUGCUGUGUGUUUGUGUGUGUGUGUGUGUGUGUGUGUGUGUGAGAGAGAGAGAGAGAGAGAGAGAGAGACCCAUUGGAAACAUGGUGAUGUGGAUAGGAUGCAAAUAUUAUUCCUUUCAUUAAAGUCAGCAGCUUUCAGGGUUCACAGUGGUAAAAUGACUGGUUCAUUAUGCUGCAGGCACACAACAUUUAAAAUGAACCUGGUUUGCUCUUGAGGUUCUCCUCUUGCCCCCGCCCCAGAACUUGCAGGUUAGCAUUAAUAACAAGGCAUGGUCUUUCGUUGUCCGUUGUGUUAGCAGACUGCCAGUUUGUUACUUGAUCUUUUGUAGUUAUCCUUUCCCUAAUCCAAACUGAUUCGCUUUGUCUUGGGUAGUACUUGGAUGUUAGGCAUUACAAAGGCAGAUUUAUGUGGCUGGGCUUUUUCACUUAUGAUCACACAGCAAUCACACAGCAGCUUGGCAUCUUGAAAUCUCCCGUUUAUGCCAGCAAGGAUGUGUAGAACCUUAUCAUCCUCAUGCCCAAGAAGUGCGUGUCAGUGCAGAGAGGAAGCUUAUGCAUCGUAAGCCUGGCACUUUUAAAUUGCCACUUGAACUGGGUGGACGGCACUCUCCUUAAUGUUGGCAAUCUAAUGCCACUUAAGAGUGGAAACGGAUGAAGUGAACAUACAUUUUCUGUUCUGUGAAUGACCUUCCCAUUUAUCUUGCUGAGUGGCACAGUUGCCAUUUCUCUUUGCUCUUGUUGUACUUCAUAAGCCUCUUUCUAUUUCUUUCACUGUGCCUGCCUGCAGAGUUGGAAUUGGGUAAAUGAUGAUACCACACAGCCCUAAUAUUAAGUCUGCCGUGCUGCUUGAGUCUGCAGUGUGACGUGAAUAAUGAGAAGUGUGGCUCAAUGCAAAAUUAUCUCAAUAAUAAAAGACACAUUGGCAAAGAAGCAAAAAAAUUAAAAUGCCGAUCAUUAGAGAUUGUGAGCAACUGGGAGAUGGUUAUUGGAAUAAGAGAAUUACACAUUACAGUGGUACCUCGGGUUAAGUACUUAAUUUGUUCCGGAGGUCCGCUCUUAACCUGAAACUGUUCUUAACCUGAAGCACCACUUUAGCUAAUGGGGCCUCCUGCUGCCGCUGCGCCGCCAGAGCACGAUUUAUGUUCUCAUCCUGAAGCAAAGUUCUUAACAGGAGGUAAUAUUUCUGGAUUAGCGGAGUCUGUAACCUGAAGCAUAUGUAACCCGAGGUACCACUGUAUUGUUAUUUCAGUUGUUGUUACAUUUCAUUACAAUUCUACAACCAUACAUUCUAGCUGUUUUAUGACUAUUUUUUAAGUGUUAAGAUUUAAAGAAACAAAAAGAGAGUCAAAUGACAUUUGGGCGUCAUUCUUGGUCUCUCAUGUCACAGCAGAACCUAAGGUGUUGUAAAACACUCCUUGGACUUGCUUUUUGAUAGCGUGAUACGUUUUGAAAAGUUUAUUUGUUUGUUGUAGCAGAGUCCUUUUGUAGUGGCCUGAUUUAAACUGUAUUUCAUCACGUGCUUGGCUCUUUGUUUUAUUAUGUACUUUCAUUUGCUUCUUUCAGAAAGGAAAGCUACUGUGUACCAGCUUCAUAUACCAUGGUCCUAUGAAGACUCUUUAACUUUGUCACAGUAAGAGUUUAUUUGAUUUCUUUAUGUCACUGAAAAGUCUCACACCUUAGGACUUCCAUAUAUGAUAUGAAUGCGUUCUCACAAUAUGCAGGUGAAUAGGACCACAAAAUUUGGUAUAGCAAAUGAUCUUAACGUCAGAGUUUUUAAGGAAGGGUGAAGGUUUUGUGUGUAACAACAAAACACCGAAUAAUAGUUAAGUAGCCAGAAGAUUCCUACUAAUGCCCGUUUCUUCCCAAGUCCACAUGAGACAUGGCUUUGUCAUGAUGCUUCCAUGUGUAUGCCUCUCCUAGAAUCUUUCCAAAAAGGUAUCAUCAGUUGGAAGAGGCUUGAGCAGUGAAUAUGUUGCUGGUCACUUAUUCAUAGGUUCAAGCAGUCCCUUUACUUUAAUAAAUUAUUCCUCCUUGCUGGCAGUGUUAUCUCCACUGGUUAAAACCAUGGCUUCUACCCUAAUCAGAGUUUGCAAACUAGCUUCAACCAUAGUUUCAAAUGAUAUGGAAACUUUGAUAAGCGGUAGGUAAUGCCACUUCUUAAAUGAAUGACAGCUCUGAAUGUCUCGUUUUUAGCUCGUCAUUAAAAAACAACAACCAGUGGAACCUGCAGCAAAAGCUAGCACUGUAUCCUCCUGCACAAAAUGAGUUCUCCUGUCUCAUAAUGCCAUGCACACUUAAAAGGAUCACAUCAGACUUUAUUUUAGAUUGGACAAGUGUUCAUUGCAGAUCAUUAUUAAAAAAAAAUAACCUAACCACCACAGGGUUCCAUCUUCGACUGAGAUUUCUGCAAAGCUGCAUAUUGCCCAGCCUGAAAAUGACACUGCUGUUCCAUCGUUGAACAUUUAUUCAUCUUCAGAUUGCCAAUAUGAAGUAAGUAAAAGCCUAUAUGAAGUAAGUAUAAAAAAGAGAGUUACAUUUCCCCUACUUCCCUUCAAAACAAGGCGGCCCAUUUUCUGUAUUGUAGUAAAAGACAGACAGUGGAAGUCUUUUGAUGCACAACUGAAGUGAAGUUCCCUUGGUUGUAUUUAAGCCAACUGAUUUUUGUUAUAUGUCAGAGUAGGAGAGGGCCUUCUUGGUAAUGGCACCCCAGUUUUGGAAUUCUUUAUUUUCCCUGGUCUUUGCUCAGUAAUUAGUGCCUGGGCUAAUCAGUGUUUCCUUAUGAUUGCAAAUGGACUGCUUUGUUUUACCAGAUAUGGUUGCAUCAUUUUACAUGGAUCUGAUUUUUAAAUUGUAACCCGCUCUGGGAUUGCUUUGCAGUGAAACGCUGGUAAUAAAAUAUUUUAAAUAAGAUCAACCGAGCUUUCACCUUUUGUGAAGUGAGCAUUUUAAGAGUGCUGUAUUUAUUUAUUUUCCACUAAAAUGCACAUUUUGCUAUUGUUAAUAAUUCUGAGGAUAAAAAAUAACAAAAAAUAAAGUAUAGUUGCCUGUCACUAAAAAACCCCACAUAAAAUGACACUUAACUAGGUGACGCUUAACAAAGGCCUGGGAAAACAUUCUGUGCUGGAAAAAAAUCUUACCAUGCUACUGAAAAGGCAUAAUGAUUGUACUAAGUGGACUUUGCUGGGAGGGACAUUUCUACAUGCACAAUGCUGGUAAUCCCCCACCAGACCUCCAAUACUUGGGCACAAACAUGUGGUAAUUGGGCAAGCUUUCAGGUUCCUGAGUCCUAAACUGUUUAGGUCUUACCCAUUAACACCAGAAGUUUGAAUUAUGCUUGGAAAUGGAUUGGCAGUUGGUGUAUGUUUAAGAACUAACAAAAUAUGAUCUUGAUGGUCUGUCCACAUAGGAGCUUAGCAUCUGUAUUUUAAGUUUCCAGUCUUCCAAGGCUGAACAGUACAUUGCAGCAGCCUGAACUGGAGCCCAUAAGAGCAUGGUUCCCUGUGGCCCAGCAGUCAGUGUCUAGGAGGGAUUGCAGUUGGUUCACCAGCUGAAAAUAAUGCAAGGCACUUUGUACAAACCAGGGCUUUUUGGGCCUCCAGGGACGCUGCUGGAUUGUUAAACUGCACACCUUAUUUUAUCAUAGUAACUGAGAGUAUUCUCAUUAUUUUGUUCUUAUGCUAUAUUAUUGUUUUGUGUAAAAAAAAAAGCUACUUUUUAAAAUGUGUGUUGCAACUAGGUAAUCAUCAAGACCUCUUUUCUGCAAGUCCUUGGUCAGGUAAGAAAGUUUUGUUUCACUUAACCUUAAGCUGAUAAUGCGUAAAGAUAACAAAACAAAAAUAACGUGUCUGGAUCUGAUAAAAUGUAUUCUGUGAGUGUAGCAUGCAUCUAUAAAAAUGGGGUGUAGUUCAUAAAAGAUAGUCCCAACUGCUCUAACGGAUGCCUCCCCAAAAUAGGGGUGUGGUGUCUACAUUGCCAAAUAAUUCCCAUCCAUAGAGCCUGGUCGGUCGGGUUGGAUGGGUGGAAGCAGAAAAUGCUUUGCUCAUAAGAGGUCCAGCUAUUGCAUGUGUUUACAGGUUUCCUGCCGCCAGGCAAUACCAUCCACGCAUCACGUCAAGAACAAACAGUACUGUCUACAUCUGUGGGAAUUUCUUGGGAAGCAAGAAAUAACUUGAAUGUAGACCAAACAAAUGACUUGCUCAAGGCCAUAUGCUCAAUUCAGUUCCCAGAAUAUGAGACCGCACCUCUCAGCCAGCACUUGCUGCUACUGCACGGUGCCUUUUUUAAAAGAAGACAAAGCAGUUAUGAAAAAUCGGAAGCAGACUGAAAAGCCUUAAAUAGCUGUCUCUAAAGCAGGGCAGGUGGGACAUGGGUGGCGCUGUGGGUUAAACCACAGAGCCUAGGACUUGCCGAUCAGAAGGUUGGCGGUUUGAAUCCCCGCGACGGGGUGAGCUCCUGUUGCUCAGUCCCUGCUCCUGCCCACCUAGCAGUUCGAAAGCACGUCAAAGUGCAAGUAGAUAAAUAGGUACCGUUCCGGCGGGAAGGUAAACAGUAUUUCCGUGCGCUGCUCUGGUUCGCCAGAAGCGGCUCAGUCAUGCUGGCCACAUGACUCGGAAGCUGUACGCUGGCUCCCUUGGACAAUAAAGCGAGAUGAGCACCGCAACCCCAGAGUCGCCACGACUGGACCUAAUGGUCAGGGGUCCCUUUACCUUUUUUAAAGCAGGGCAAGUCAGCAACAGAAUAGCAAAUGAAACUUAUUUGUGCAAAUUCAGUUUUGCUUAAAUCCUAUUAACUUAAACCAGGUCAACACAGCUUGUCAUGCUUCAGACCAGCCAUCAUUUAUUGCGCUGGUAAUUUAUUUUUUUGCCGCCUGCCUUAGAUGGGUAAACAGCCAGCAAGUCAGAACACAUGUUGGUGGAUUGCAAGAUAAUUCAGGCCUGAUUUGCCCAGGUGGCUAAAGCUACAGUUCUGAUUAUAAAGUGGCCAUCUUUAAUCACAGUCUGAAACUUGAUUGUGCUAAAUUUGAAGCCGUGUUCUGGGUUGAUAUGUACAUUUAUGGGAGCAUUUCACAUCCCUACCCCUUCAUGCUAAUGCUGAUGUACUUGAUUGCAACUUGAGAUUUGAGUCACAGAUUGAUAUGUCUGUGUGCUUUUUCUUGGCACUAGAAUGUGUGGUACUCAUACCUGUGGAAAAGAAACUGAGCCCAUUUUUAUCUUGAAAAAAGAUAUCCUGAGAGCUAGCGUAGCAUAUCGGUUAAGAAUAUAAAUUGGGAGUUUUUAAUGAAAUCUCAGUCCACCCAUGAAUGGUAUUGAGCAAGCCAUUUGUUGUCUCGGCCCUUCCACCUGUUAUAUAGGCAUGUCUCACAGGUUUUUAAUAAUUAGAUAAUGUAUGUGAAGUAUUUAGAAAAAAAGCACUUAUGUAAGUACUGAAUUGUGGUGGACAUUGGGUGAUAUUUGCAUGCUCCAUUUUUUCCAUAAAACAUUCUUGUUUUGUAGGUAAUAAGAUUCCAUGGUGGCACUCUACCCGUGUACAUAAUUUCUAAUAUUCUUCUUGCUUAUGGAAGACAGUUAAGGUCCCUAAUUUCAACAGGUAACAUUUCGUGAAAAGAUUUUUAAGCGCAGGUUUGUUUAUUAUUAUAAAACUAGAAAACAGAGUUUCAUUGUACAUUUCAUUUGUAGUUCAGCAAUUGUUUUGUUACCUUUUUUUAAAAAAACACUGAGAUUUGUUGUAAAGUGGUUGAUAAUCUCGUAGAUACUGAUAGGAAUCUGGGGAGGGAAGCUAUUAACUGGCAAGAAUAAACAAUAGUUAUUGUAUAGCUUAUCGACUUGAAUGUAUUUUAAAGCAAACGCUUUACAAUGCUAAAUAGAGCUUUUAAAAGUCAGUACAUUUUUAAAGCUUGAGUUAUAUUUGAUUUCUCAAAUCAUUAGAGAAAUAUCCACCAAGUUAUUUGCCCUUUAGGGCAGGAGCUUCAUUUUGGUCAGACCUGCAAGCUGGGGGGAAAACACAUUUAAAUAUAUUCAUGGAACUGAGAAUUCUGUGUCACAAAUAAUCAGUGUCUAAAACUGAAUACAACUAUUACUGUAAAUAAUUUCUGUCGGUCUGUUUCCCCACACCACCAGCGCAUUAGUAUUGACAUUAUAUGACAAAUAGAAGUUUUACUGCAGUGGAAUUAGCAUUUAACAAUGGUUAUAAUAUAUCCUGAAUUUUGGAACAUUUAUGAUUUUUCUGUUAAUAUUUGAAUUUACUGGCCACAUCUGAUUCUUGUUAUACGUUUUUCUUGUUCUAGGUCAUUGCACAGAUUUUGUACCUGCACUUACUAAAGCAGCCAGGCCCUAUAAAGUAGAACCAAUAGUGAAUAUUGUUAAAUUCUUGUUGGGGUAAGUUCCUUGCUGGUAUAUUUUUCCAUUACACCAUGGAAUUCUUCAUGCAGCAAUAAAGGUCCUCAUCAGUAACAUACAUACUAAAAAAAUAUAGCAUUUGAAAUUAGGAUUAAUUAUAAAUUUUUGAUAAGCAAGUAAAGCAAACAACUAUAAUCUUGUGUUUUCUCCCCCCAUAGGCUUAACUGGCUUAAGGGAAUCUGGGAUAUAUUAUCCUUGCCAGAAUUAGAUGCUGUUACACUGAACAACCAGAACUUGUGGUUUCCUUUUGUAUCUCUAAUCCUCUUUAUGUUUGGAACCGGCAUAGCCUAUUGGUGUGGCAAACUCUUCAGUUCAUUUCUAAGGAUCUCAUCCUCAUUGCAUGUAGCUUUGGCCAGGUAAAAAAACCAACUGCUCUUAUUUUAUGUGGGUGAAAUGAUAAAAUAUGAAAAUGUAAUGCCUACUUAUUAAACAGUGGUUAUACUAAACCUGGGGAUAGUUCUUAACUAGCUGAGAGAAUAGGUUAACUUUCAUGGGGACUGUAGAACAUUGUACAAUAUUUUACUAGCUGUUAGUGGCAUCUUUGUGAGAUGGUUCUAAGUGUUGAACUACUAAUAAGCCGAGUUAACCCGGCUGUAAGGGCAAUUUGGUUAACUUGCAUUUAAAGAGAGGUUUUUCUGCAUAAGGUAGAACCUUAUCGAGUGCUACCGAAGGAUACUAAAUGGUCAGAGGUUAAUAGUUGGGUACUUGUUUAGUCCAGGACAUCAUUCACAAACUGACCAUUGCCAGUUUGUAAUUUUCCUUUCCAGUUGAAAUGCCAUUCUUUUUCAAUCAAAUUCUGAACAGGGCAUAAAAGCGUUUUUAUUUCAUGAAGGAAUAAACCAUUUAUUACAUUUCUGUUCUAGUUCUGCAGUGGUUUUCUUCCAUUUUUGUUCCUUGGCCUAAUCAUAUCAGAUUGAGUUUAUUAUCCUUCUUUUAUUUUUUUAAAGGUUAGAUAGGAUAGAUAUCAUUUGUGGGCUUAAAGAGGUCUUUGAUUUUGCUUUCAAUUUUAGUUCUUGGAAAUUGGAGCAAGUUUCUGCACUUAUACUUAUUGUACCAGGCAGAAUGAAACAUGCAGCUGCCAAAAUUCAUGGCCCUUGACUUGAUUAAACUUGAUUUUUCCUUUUUCUUUCCGUCAAAUUACUCUUUUUAAAUUCUUGGAUUGUACGGUUGAUCUUUCUAUUUAGGACUCCUCUUUUUCAAAGUAACUUUGCUCAUCUUAUCCGAGCAAAGUAAAAAGUAAUCAUGCUUUAAUUUAGACUUUGACCCAGAAAGCCACAGAAUGCUUGAUUCCUAUCUCAGGUUUUGUCCAAGAAACAUUUUUUUUCUAGAAACUGCCCCCCCCCCCCCGCAAGAAGCUAAACCAUUCCAGUGUGUUUGUGCUGUUAUAAUUCUCUAGUACUAACAUCUGCUUUGGGAAAUAUACAUAAUUGAAAAACAGACUGGAUUCACUAAACUUCAAUGUACAAAAGAGAUAUUUGGUAAUACUGUAACUCCUUUUCCUGAAACGUGAAAUGUUUAUUUGCAUGUUUAGGGGUAACGUUAUUUUCAGAAAACCAGGAUGUGGCAUCUUUAAGUAGUAUUCAUAAAUACCAAAACUGUUAGUUUAAAAAAGAAAUGGAAGAGAAAGAAUACGAAAAACAGCAAAUUCGGGACUCUGUGAAAUGAAUUGACCCUCAUUGUUAUGGAUUUUGGUAAGCCUCCAGACGCAGCUGCAUUAUAGUGUAGUGCCAGAGUGAAAUUGUAACUUUUCCCUACGGACACGAGGACACCCUCUGAAGGGCAAUGUGUACCUCCUUUAGCUUGAGCCAGGAAAAUGUCUAUUGCAGAGGUUCUAAACUUUGGUUAGCACAAAUCGUAGUUUGGCAAGGUGUCUGAGCUGAUCCAUUAUACUUUAUACAUGAUUAAUGUUUGGCUGCUCAGGGUGUGAGCGGGCGGGUGUGGGGGAUUCCCUGGUCCUGAAUGGGGUAACUGUGUCCCUGAAGGACCAGGUGUGCAGCCUGGGAGUCAUUUUGGACUCACAGCUGUCCAUGGAGGCGCAGGUUAAUUCUGUGUCCAGGGCAGCUGUCUACCAGCUCCACCUGGUACGCAGGCUAAGACCCUAUCUGCCCACGGACUGUCUCGCCAGAGUGGUGCAUGCUUUAGUUAUCUCCCGCUUGGACUACUGCAACACGCUCUACGUGGGGCUACCUUUGAAGGUGACCCGGAAACUGCAAUUAAUCCAGAAUGCGGCAGCUAGACUGGUGACUGGGAGUGGCCGCCGGGACCACAUAACACCGGUUCUGAGAGAUCUGCAUUGGCUCCCAGUACGUUUCCGAGCACAAUUCAAAGUGUUGGUGCUGACCUUUAAAGCCCUAAACGGCCUCGGUCCUGUAUACCUGAAGGAGCGUCUCCACCCCCAUCGUUCAGCCCCCACUGAGAUCCAGCGCUGAGGGCCUUCUGGUGGUUCCCUCAUUGCGAGAAUUGAGGUUACAGGGAACCAGACAGAGGGCCUUCUCAGUAGAUUUGCAGGAAAUAAGCAGCUAUCCUAUCUUUAAAAGACAUCUGAAGGCAGCCCUGUUCAGGAAAUUUUUAAUAUUUAACGCUGUACUGUUUUUAACAUUUGAUUGGGAGCCACCCAGAGUGGCUGGGGAAACUCAGCCAGAUGGGCGGGGUAUAAAUAAAUAAUAAUCAUAUUCUGUUGCAUUGUGCGAAGUAUGAGCAGGCCAGGGCUGAACUGAUACUACCCUUGCUGGUGCCUUUCCCGGGAAAAUCAGAGGCUCACUAUGUCAGGUUCCUACUGGAAGACCGGACAAAAGCUAGAACGUUGGCAGUGGCAAAGUUUUUAUCGGUGGUGGCAAGAACAAACGAGCCCUAUAUUCUAAACAAAGUGCUUGAUUAACCUGGAGGUAGGCUGUAUGAACUCUGUAUUGAUUUGUAUUGUAAUGUUUUGUUGGGUCUCUGGACCGUAAUAAAGAUUGUUGUUGUUUUCCUCCAAAUAAAUAACAACAACAACAACAACAACAACAACAACAACAACAGUUAUUGUUAUUAAUAAUAAUAAUAAUAAUAAUAAUAAUAAUAAUAAUAAUUUUGUGUGAAUUAAAUUAUGAUUGUUUGCAUUUGCCAGACCCUCUCGACUUCCACCAGAGCCCAGUUUGAUUACUCGAAGAAGGUUGUGCGUAGCUGUUUGCAUGUUUUUCCUUAGCUGGACUACAUGUGGAGCGUUGGCUAUAUUAAUGACAUAUGCUCAUUACACCUUCAAGGUAUUUAACCAGCAUGUGGCAAAUACAGUGUGUGGAUAAAAUGCUUUUAAAGUUUUUAAAUCAUAGGUUGGUUUGGGCAGUCUUCUUAUAGGUUUGGUGCUGAGUGUGAUGUGGCGUGGAAAAUGAGAGGAAAAGACCGUGCUUGCCCUGCCUCAAAGUCAUCCAGCUAUCCCUGUUUUUGGUGCACAUAAAAUCCAACACAUUUUGCUCAGAUUUCUUGGUUGAAUACUGUAUUUUUCACUCCAUAAGGCACACCAGACCAUAGGGCGCACCUAGUUUUUAGAGGGGGAAAUCAAGAAAAAAAAUCUUAUUUCCACACCGACGCUUCUCGCUCUCCAGGCUUCAGCGAAAGCAAUGCGAAGCCUCCAGAGCGUGGAGGGAGCGCUCCCUCUGCGCUUCGGAAGCCUCGUGUUGCUAUCGCUGAAGCCAAGGAGCCUGCAUUCGCUCCAUAGGACACACACACAUUCCCCCUUAAUUUUUGGAGGGGGAAAAGUGCGUCCUAUAGAGCAAAAAAUACGGUACUUUUUUUAUUGUUACCGCCCCCCUGGCCUUCUGUGCCAACUGAAAACCUACUUCAGAGGGUUGGGGAACCCUUCAGAACAACAUGGGAGGUUGCCCUUCCCUCGUAGUAUGAAAGAACGAGAAAGGAAUUGUGUUUUAGUUGGAUUUUGCAGAAUUGGCAAAGUUGACAGCUAAAAUAAGAGAACCCUAGUGACAAAGGUUUUGUGGAAGAGUGGAAACCCUUUUCAGAUUAUUUAAAGAAAUAUUAUUAUAUGAUGGGCACGCGAGCAGGAUUGGGACUAUGAGCAACAGAAGAGAGUAAAGAGAACAGUAGUUUCGUUAAGGGUUAAGAGAUAGAAGAAAGGGCGUGACAGAGGGAGAGAAACAAACACCAUGGAGAAGGGGGUGGGAAGUAAAAGAAAAAAAGUUUUUAUUAUGUACUGAACUGUAUGUGUGAAAUUUUUGAAAACUUGAUUAAAAAACUUUAAAAAGGGAAUUAUGUUUUAGUCUCGGUGAUGAAGAUAAGUUGCACUUACAAGUUGAUACACUGCAGUUCAAAAAGACUUUUUUUUUAACAGGUUAUUAAACUGCAUUCAAAUGUCAGAACAGAACUAAGUGUCCUUGAUACGGUAGGUUUGUUCAGUUAUCAAUUUAAAACAUUGGAAGUUAAUUUAAACCAACAGUAAAAGAAACUUUAAACCAUCUCAAAAUUUACAUGUCUGGAUAGGCUUGCCUAAACAAAAAUAGUUUUGGCAUUUAAUGUUUUCAAAUGUUUGUGUUCCCCCUCUUCUACCUUUUGUUCCCUUUGUGCUUUGCCUUUUGUCUGGUACAUCACUAGGGAGUGGGCAUGCAGGAAAUAUUGGUGUGUUCCCCCAUGGAACUGCAAUGAUGGCUACACUGGCAUCAUGGCAGCGUUGGGAAAGGAAAGGGCGAUAGUAUAUCUUGGCUACAUUGCUACUCAAGCCAGUGUAGUGUAGGGUCUCCCAAACUUGGGCCUCUAGCUGUUGUUGGACUACAACUCCCAUCAUCCCUAAGCUAGCAGGAAAAGUGGCCAGGGAUGGUGGGGAUUGUAGUCCAAAAACAGCUGGAGAGACCCAAGUUUGAGGAACCCUGGUGUAGUGGUUAGAGUUCUGGAUUAGGACCUGGGAGACCAGGUCCUAAUCCAGAAUUAUAAAGGAUUAUAAAGAAAAAGGAUUUGAUGAAAAUAAAUCAAAGUUUGAACUAGAGAUAUUAAGUAAUAAUUAUAAAAUUUUGUCUAAAAUGUAUAAAUUGCUGCUUGAAUGGCAUUUGAAGGAUGAGGAGGUAAAAGUCGGUUAUGAUUCAUUGGACUAAAGAUUUUGGGUAUAAUAUACAGCUGAAUGAUUGGGAAAAAUUAUGGAAAGAAGGUUUAAAGCUUACUGCAUGCAAUGCCUUAAAAGAAAAUGUGAUGAAAAUGAUGUAUAGAUGGUAUAUUACACCUGUUAAAUUAGCUAAAAUGUAUAAAGUUAGCAAUAAAUGUUGGAAAUGUAAAGAAAAAGAAGGAACAUUUUGUCACAUGUGGUGGGAAUGUAAAAAAGUGAAAAGCUUCUGGGAAAUGAUAUAUAAUGAGAUGAAAAAAAUGUUGAAAUAUACAUUCAUAAAGAAACCAGAAGCAUUUUUACUAGGCAUGGUAGGAAGUGAUAUAAAUAGAAAAGAAUGUAAGCUGUUUUUAUAUGCAACGACGGCAGCAAGAAUAUUAUUGGCACAAAAAUGGAAGCAAGAAGAAUUACCGACGAAAGAAGAAUGGAGGAUGAAAUUAAUGGACUAUGCAGAAUUAGACAAACUAACAGGAAGGAUCCAAAAUCUGCGGGACCAGAAAUUCACAGAAGACUGGUGUAAAUUUACAGACUAUUUGAAAAGUAAUAGUGAUGAUCAAAAUACGUUUGUAGGUUUGCAAGAAGUUUUGUGAGGUGAAUUAUUGGAACUAUUGCAAAAAUGGAUAUAGGGGAGGAUGAUUAGUUAAGAUAAUUAAAGGCAAGAUGAAUUUAAGAAAUGCAUAAGAAGUGGUUAAAACGGGGGAUCAUCAGAGGUGCUGAUGGAAGUCCAAAAAAAGAUUGUAUAAGUGGUGAAGCUUUGUGGUAUGUAUUAUAAUUCAUAUGUUAAAAUUAAUAAAAAUUAUUAUUAAAAAAAGAGAACGCUAAAAAAAAAGGGUUGAAAUCCUGAGUCAGCCGUGAAGCCCACUGGGUGACCUUUGGCCAGCCAGUCUCUCUCAGCCUCACAGAGUUGUUGGUGAGGGUAAAAUGGAGACAGGGAGGGUGCGUAUCCCACCUUGAGCUCUUUGGAGAAAGGUGGGAUAUAAAUUAAAUAAAUAGCACUGCUUGAUAUUUUUUUACCUUCCCCAUGAAGCACCUUUUAAGUUCGCCGUUAAACUUUUUAUCAACCUAUUAAUGCCUACACUUGUAUUUUAUAGUGCCCAAAGAACUCGGAACAAGGCUCUGCUUGUUCCAAAAGAGAAACAGAAAAGAGCUGUGCAUCAUCAGCAGAUGGCCUUUCAGAAGCAGCAGCGGCAACAUCAUCACCUACGGGCAGCGCAGCCGUUGACAGCGUUGUAGACAGUCUUAAGAUGCACGUCACCGUCCUCAACUUGCUCACGUUGAUUGUGCUGCUCAGUUGCCCGUCUUUCAUUUACUGGCUGAAGAAUCUCAGGUAACCGCCAGAAGAACUUGCAGGUUUUAUACAAGAAUCCACGACGGGUUGGUUUCAAACUCAGCUACUCCAUCCAAAGGCAUUGAUUUUAAAACUGGGGAAGCUCAUAGCAGCAUCAGUAUAUGAAGUUUGUUGUAUUAUCUUUUACUGCGUUGCAUAUUGUUUCUAGUUCCUUCCCAUGCCAUAAAAUCUAUUUCUGCUUGUGUAAUCAUUUAGAAUCAUAGAAUUGGAAGGAACUCCGAGGGGCAUCUAGGCCAUGGGUAGGCAAACUAAGGCCCGGGGGCCGGAUCCAGCCCAAUCGCCUUCUAAAUCCAGCCUGCGGACGGUCUGGUAAUCAGCGUGUUUUUACAUGAGUAGAAUGUGUCCUUUUAUUUAAAAUGCAUCUCUGGGUUAUUUGUGGGGCAUAGGAAUUCGUUCAUUUAUUUUAUUUUUUUCAAAAUAUAGUCGUCGUCCCCACAAGGUCUAAGGGACAGUGGACUGGCCCCCUGCUGAAAAAGUUUGCUGACCCCUGAUCUAGGCCAACUAAAUCAUACAUGAGAGAUGACCAUCCAUCUCCUGCUUAUGGCGCUUGGGGGGGAAUUGUCAUCGCGCCACUCCUUGGUGUGUGGAGUACCUCAGGGUGCGAUACUCUCCCCGAUGCUUUUUAACAUCUUUAUGCGUCCCCUCGCCCAGCUUGUCUGGAAUUUUGGGCUGGGUUGCCAUCAGUAUGCCGAUGACACCCAACUCUAUCUGUUGAUGGAUGGCCAUCCUGACUCGGCCCCAGACACACUGACCAGAUGUUUGGAAGCUGUGGCUGGAUGGUUACGUGGAAGCCGGUUGAAGUUAAAUCCUUUGAAGACAGAGGUCCUCUGGCUGGGACGGGACGAUAUGGGAUUGGGGGCAACUCCCAUCUCUUGCGGGGUGCAAUUAGUGCCAGCACCGUCCGUUAAGAGUUUGGGUGUAAUCUUCGAUACCUCCCUCUCUAUGGAGGCGCAGAUUACAGCUAUAACAAAGGCGGCAUUUUUUCAUCUCCGCCAAGCUAAGCAGUUGGCCCCUUAUCUCUCUCGCCCUGACCUAGCCACUGUGAUCCACGCGACGGUCACCUCCAGAAUGGAUUAUUGUAACUCGCUCUACGUGGGGCUGCCCUUGAGACUGACCAGAAACUCCAGCGGGUGCAGAAUGCUGCAGCAAGACUCCUUAUGGGGUCCUCGCUGCGAGAUCACAUUCAUCCGGUACUAUACCAGCUGCACUGGCUCCCGGUGGAGUACAGGAUCAGGUUUAAGGUGCUGGUUUUAACCUUUAAAGCCCUAUACGGCCUAGGACCCUCGUACCUACGGGACCACCUCUCCUGGUAUGCCCCACAGAGGAACCUACGGUCUGCAAAUAAAAACAUCUCGAAGGUCCCAGGCCUCAGAAAGGUUAGGCUGGCCUCAACUAGAGCCAGGGCUUUCUCGGCUGCGGCUCCAAUCUGGUGGAACGCUCUGUCACAAGAGACUAGGGCCCUGCGGGACCUGACAUCUUUCCGCAAGGCCUGCAAGACAGAGUUGUUCCACCAGGCCUUUGGUCAGGGCCCAGCCUGACUCCCUCCUCUGGCAACCUGCACAGAAUUUUGCUCAGUGGUUGCCAUUAAUUUGAUUUUAAUUAAUUUUUAUAAUGAAAUGUUUUUAGAAUGUUGGAUUAUUUGAUUGUUUGAUUAUUUGAUUGUUGUUAGCCGCCCUGAGCCCGGCUUCGGCUGGGGAGGGCGGGAUAUAAAUAAAAUUUAUUAUUAUUAUUAUUAUUAUUAUUAAUUAUUGUUUAUUAUCUACCACUUGUGUAUACAAUAUUCUGUUGCUGCUACUUUGUGUUUCCUUUGCAAAAUUUGAUUUUCAGUUUAUUACCAUGCUCUUUGUUUUUUCUCCCCCAAAUAGGUACCAUAUCAAGCUUGAUCCUGAUCCAUGUAGAUCAACUGCUUUUAUGCUCAUAGCCAUUUUGGGUAUACUCAUGGACGCAAGCACUACAAAAGUUAAAACAAGGUACCUUAGUUCAUUAUCUUCAUUUCCCCCACAGUUUUGGUGUUUGAAGGUGCAGUUUGGGGGGUGUGUGUGUGUGUGUUUUAAAACAAAACAAUCACAAUUAUUUUAGUCACAUACAGUACAAGCCUUUAAGAGCAUCUUCUGCCUGUUCCCACCCUGCCCACUAUGUAUUAUCAGGAUCACUUAGCAGUGCUUCCCAGACUUGGGUCUCCAGCUGUUUUUGGAUUACAGUUCCCAUCAUCCCUGACCACUGAGUCCUGCUAGCUAGGGAUGAUGGGAGUUUUGUGUUUUCAAGCUGUUUCCUUACUCUUUACUGUUCGGUGGGUGUGAUUCAGAGAGGCUUCUCAAAGUGGGAGUGUCAGGGAAGAUGUCUUCUGCCAAUUUCUCCCCUGCAAGCCCCACAUGUUAUUAUGGGGCAUGCACCCCUGACUCUGCAAACCAAAAACAAGCCAUGGUUGCAGCUCACCACUUUUUUGGAGUGAGACAAACCACAAGCCUAUGUUUGUGCCUAAUGCUAAGCUGAACUGUGGCUUAGCUCUGGGUAGUGUGGCAACAGCAGGACCCAGGGAAGAGCAAAUAAGCUGUGACUUUCUCUUCUAGCACCAAAAGGCUUGCACAUUCACGAUAAACCAUAGUUUGGGUUACUGUUACGUGCCAGGCCCUGAGUGCCCCCCCUACACCCCCAUUUUCAGGGAUGAUGAUGGUUCAGGUCAACGCUUGCCAUGUUAAGCCUCCAUUUAAAUGAGACUGCAAUAUUGAAAUGUCAGGCUAGGAUAUGCCAGAAGGCUGGGUGGUUCAGUCCGAGUCUUUCUUUUCUUUUUUGAUUUUUUAUGUGUUUAUUAAAAGUACAUUCAGUGCAUGGGAGUAGCCAAGGGGGGGGGGAGGGGGGCAGCUGCCCCCCAAUCAAUAAAAAUACAUAGCAAGCAGAGGUUCUGCCCCCGUCUAACAAAUGGUCUGCUCCCCCCCCAAACAAAAAUCUUGGCUACACUGUGAAUCAGUGCCUGUUUUCAAGUCUUCAAGUAGUUCAUGCAGGUCAGUUACAUUCAGUUUGAGACGUUCUGUUAUGGGGUUGCUGGGAGAAGAAGUGGGGAGACAGAGGGCUGAGGAAAUAGGGGGGAAAUAAACUUUCUCCCCGCCCCCCAUAAUAUAUGAGCGGACCUUUUGUGUCCGCCCCGUGUGGGCAGGUAUCUUAAUUUUGCUGGCGGAACGAAAGAUCAGACGGCCCAGCAGAUGGUUGGUUGCAGUUGAUGGGUUGCCGUGCGCUUUGUUUAUGUAAUAUGCAGAAGUACGAGAUACUCCCUGGUAUUUUCCUGGGAAUAUCUGCACUCUUCAUUAUGCCACACAGCUUGCAGCCUUAAUAACGGCAGAAUUGUUUUACCUUGUUUCCCCUUUCUCCACAGUAAACUGCUGAAGAUUGCUGCACAUCUCCCACUUCCUUUGUCUGUUGCCGCCGUGGUGUUUGCACCAAUGCACUUAGACAGAAUGCCAUACUUUGUAAUCGUUCCUCUUUUUCUUCACGCGUUAUGCUGCAUUGUGUAA